GUAAGCCUUCAUCCCUCCUGUGAAGUCACCCUGGUCCAUGCAUUGCCCUUACUCCAAGUCCUUGGAACAGCUGGACAGAACCCACUACUUUAACGUGAAGCAAUGCAUUCCGGGACAUGUAGUCCGUCACCGCCGCGGCUCCCAUUGGUUACACCAGAGCGCAGAACUACAGCCCCCGGCGUUCCUCAGCGACUCCCUUUAGUCCUGGCAGGUUUGCUGCUUACGUGUCGGCGGAGCCCGGCCGGGAUGGGCAGGAAGAGAUGAGCCCGGUAGAUGAGACAAGAUGUGGCUGAGACCGGAGGAGGUCUUGUUAAAGAACGCCUUGAAGCUAUGGGUGACCGAGGAGUCCAACCCUUACUUCGUGCUGCAGAGGAGGAGGGGGUAUGGAGAGGAGGGAGGGGGUCUGACAGGUAACCACCCCGCUAAAAAAAAUAAAAAAUAUAAAUAUAUAUACACAGUGUAUAUUGCUCUUACUGCAAUAUGGGCUAUGGCACACACAGAGUUAAUAACCUCCAAAAUAACAGCACUGACAGGGUUAAUAUCAUGUUACUAAUAUCACAUUGUAUUGCACUAUAUUAUUAUAUUAUUAUUAUUAUUAUUAUUAUUAUAUUAUGGUAUUGUAGUCCAUGCUUGUGUUAUUGCAUGUGUGCACCCUUUACCCUCCAACAGGCACUAUGGCUAUAUUGUCUAUUAAUAACAUUGUCCGUACUGAAAAGUUAAUUUUUAACCUCAUGUUUGGCUGGAAAUAAUAUACAUAGGUAAUUUAUUAUUGGUAUUAUAGAUUAUUUGUUGUAUGUGCAGAUAUUAGAAGUUUAGCAUUACCUUUAUGGUUUUUUUCCCUAUAGGUUUUGCUUUAAAACCUAUAUAAAUGCAUACUAAGUUGGUUAUUUUUUUAUAUAUAUAUAUAUAUAUAUAUAUAUAUAUAUAUAUAAUAAUUUUUUUUUUACUCCACUAAAAGCGUAGAAGAAUGAAUUGAAGAAAAAAUAGGACAUCAUUGUCCUCUUCAGCAUCAUUUGAUUGAUUGUUGGCGGAAUGGAAUGUAAAAUAGGCUUCUUGCAGUUGGUUGUUGAAGUGACACUAUUCUGUCAACUGGACUCAGUGGGCUCAAACACUACUUAAGCUCAUUGGAUAGUUUUUGUCCUGCUAGAUCUGCUGUAUUUUUCUUAUCCUUUUUCUUUGCUGUAGUUGAUUUAAAGGAACACAGGAAAACUCCUGACACCAUAACCACUUUAUCUAAUUGGAAUUGGGGUAAUGCAUGCAGGCCCCACCGCACUGUCCAACUGUUCAGUGUUAAAUCGGAUCUGUCCUUUUUUUCUUUUUGUUUAAUGUUGACAUGUUUCAAGCCCCCCCAUCCCCUCCAGUUUUCAGCUUCCUUUCUUUAUUUUUUUAAUUCCCCCUUUUAUUUUUAAAGUUAUACAUAAGGACAAGUAGGGACUACUUUUCCUUAUGUAUAACCUGAAGGGUGAUUGGUGAAACUCCAUGGCCUUUGUCAACUUUGUCAUUGGCUGUACUCACCUCCUUCCAGCGUUGCGUCACUUCUGGGAGCAACUCAUUACUGGCAUUCAGUGUUGAGUCUUGCGAGAAUCAACACAAGCCCAUCAGAGGACUUAGGUGUGCACAUUUUUGACAAACACACCCUUAGGAUGUGCAGAAUAUGAAAUUCUCUGUGCCUCCAUCUUAGGAACAAAGACAGCAGCGCCAGUAGGGAAGACAUGGCGGUCCAACAUUGGAAAAGGAAUGUUGUAUCUUUGGGGGGGGGGAAGGUGGGCUGUGGGCAUUUGAAAAAUUGACAGAUCUGCUUGAAAUGGUUUUUGAACAGUUUGAUACUGAAUGAAGAUCUUCUUGCAGCUCAGCCCAUCUCCUGAGCCUUGGGUCCCUCACUCAUUGUCAAAUCCAUUGAAAUCUUUGUGACAAUAGUGCGGCAACACCAGGGGACUUCAGGCACCAUAACCAUUUCAAUUAGAUGAAUUACACUAUAUACCUACCGGUCUGUUUGCACACCUGGCUGUCUCAUUUUUUAAUUUUAUAUUCUAUUCAUAGUUAAUAGAAUAGUGCUUGUUAACUUUUGCAGUAUGUGACUGGUUCAUAAAAAUAAUAUAAAAUAAAAUGUCAGGUAUACUUGUGAGCUGGAGACAGUUCUGCAUUAUGUUUUCUAUUCAUAAUAAAAUAUAAUAUUGGUGUUAUGAAUAACACAGAUCAUUUUAUAGCAAAAGAUAGUCAUAGUUCUGUGUGGAUUUUUUUUUUUUUAAAUAAAUAAUCUGGAUGGAAGAUCAAACCUACUUUGGCACUAUUGCUAUCUUGGUUGUGCUAGGUAGGAGAGAGAGAGAGAGAGAGAGAGGGGAGGAGGGCAGGCUUCUAGCAAGAGCUCCUGUAGGCAUACAAAGUAUAGAAAACUGGUACGAUCAGGUCAUUCUCUCCCUGUCCUGCUUCUCACAGCACUAAAACAAUGAUUUAUUUAUAGAAAAACUUGUUACAAUAUUUUGCUAUAAAACGUACUUUAUCCGCUAAAGUUUGAAUUUAUAGAAAUUCAACACAAUUUUAAAAUUUAGACCAUUGUAGGCAAACUUGAAAAAAAACAUAGAUGACUUGCAGAAUUUCCCUAACCAGUUUAUUUGGAUCACACGUUUGAAAUUCACUUUAAAAUGCUCAUCACAACAAUUCACAAAAUUUCGAAUAGCACCGAAUUGCAUCUAGACUCAAAUAGCAGAUUUUAGAAACUGCAACUUGGCUAUAAUUACAGCUUAACCUCAGUUUUGCUGUUUUGGUUUAAGUUCAGUAUAAUUUGGUGUUCAGUAAAUAAACCCUACAGUAUAAACCACAUCUAAAUCCUUACCAAUUCACACUAGAAAGAGAUGCAUUGUCGCUUGGUAGAAGGCACCUUGCGUUGGCUUUAUUGCAGCCCAAGUUUGGUAUAAUGAGGUUCUUGUGCUGUUAAGGGAAUUCUCUGGUAUUCCACAGAUUUGGGUCCCUCUUUUUGCAGGAGAGUUGGCUUAUAUGGAUAUUUACAAAAAAAAAAAAUCAGAUAUUGCCUUUAAAUAUGCAUAUUAAAUUCAUUUUGGUGUCUGAUGGAUUUUAGUUUUUCCUGGUGACCUAUUAAUAGUCCCUCCUCCUCUAGGACCAGGGGGAUGGUUCUGUGUUUGUUAAACCCUAAUAUAGCAUAAAUAAGUGAGGAACAGGAUUAUUUAUCUAGUUUAAUUGUGUUUUCUUUUUUUUUAUACUUUGGCUAAAUGUAAAUAUUGUGAACUUCUCACAUUUUCAAUCCAUAUUUUGGCUUCUAGUAAAUUGUCCUGCUAAUUAGAGCCAGAUUAAGGUUGCCCAGGGCCAUUGGCAGGCUUCCAAAUUGGGGCCCUCCUUUAAGAGUCCCGGGCUCUGUUUCUGUGAGUGAUGUCUAUGUAUGUGUGUGUGUGGUGGUUAUUAUUAUUACUGGCAUAUUCCAUAGCGCUUUACAAUAUUAUCAAAGGGGGAGAUUUAACAAUAAAUUAGAUAAUUACAAAUACCUACAGGAACAACAGGUUGAAGAGGGUCCUGCUCAAAAGAGCUUACAGUCUAUAGGAGGUGGGGCGUAAAACCCAACAGGACAGGAGGUAGCAAUCAAACAAGGUGGAGAUAAUAGAGUGCUCCCCUUUAGAAGAGAACAAGAGACAGCUAUGUGAGGUAGAGGUCACUCUGGGAGGCCAUAAGCUUUCCUAAAGAGAUGGACUUUGAGGCACUUUUUAAAUGAUAAAUGGUGGUUGACUGUUGUGUGUGUGGUGACAGGUAAUAGCUGCAUGUUGGGAGGCUGAAUGUGGGUUCUAGUUGAAAAUUAUUUGUGUGGUGGCUGAAUUCUGGGUGUAAGGGAGUCUUAGUGUUUUGUUUGCAUGUCCCCCGCUUACCUUCCCUGGUGGUCUAGAGGAGCGUGAGCUGGAUACUUGGUGGUCUGGUGGGGAGCCUUGUAAUCGUCACCAAUAUUGAAUGCAGAUCACUUUAAGAGUGCCCUUGUGGUUUGGCCCUCUGAAUCAUUAACAUGCGCUGGGGCACUGCGAUGGCGCCCUCAGAGGUUUCUGUACCUGAUAUUGGUACUGACCACUAUGCUCCCUCUGUUAAGUGAGAGAUAGUUCUGUGCAGGGAUCUUUUGAUCUCCCUGUGAGCUUGAGGAGGGCCCGCUCAGAGCCCUAGGCAGCCGCCUUGGUAAAAUAACUGGUGAUCCUGCUGCUGCUAAUGCAUUUGUUUUUGAAUUUAUUGAACUAUCCCUAGUAUCAAUUUUUCUUACAGAAAAUUACUUCUGAAAUACACCACAGCCACUAUAGAAGUAAAACAUUUUAACACACGUUGAGAGAUUUCUUAUUAGAUCAUUCCAAUGUAAUUGAUAGUUAUUAACGUAUGUGAACAUUGUAAAAAAAAGAACACAUCCAACACAUUAUAAUCGCACAGCUUUCUGUAAGGAUGAUCAAGCUGCAAAAUAACAUAAUGAAGAACGUGAAACAAUGGCUGCAUUAAUCUAUAUAUCACUAGGAGUCACAAAUUGCAGAGUUGCCAGUAGAUCAGUAGGGGCCUGUUUGUCCCUUUAAGAUGACUGUGGCGUUUAACCGACAAAAAAAGUAUCAGUAUGUUUCAGUGCUUCAUCUUGCUGUUUUUUCAUGUAGUGCUCUUCAGCUACCAAUUAACAUUGAGCUGUAUAUAAGAAAAAGAAUAAUUGUUAAAGUGGCAACACACUUUAUAAAAGGCGUAUUAACAGACAGACCACAAAACAAGCGUUGAAUAUAAUUUGGACUGUGCUUAGAGACUAAUAAUUGACAGCCCUUAACUGUGAAUUCAUCGAACUCCCCACCGUUGAUCGCCUUUCACUGUAACAUAGUAUUUCUAUAGACGCAAAAGCGAUUGUUUUGUUUUUUUAUUUGUUGGCUUUCUCAGUUGGCAAAUAGUAUAACUUUGUUUUCAGUAGUAGAUGCUGUGGGUGGUUCAGACAGAGAACACAGAAUGCUAAUGUUGUGCCUAUAUAACUGUUGGUAGCAGCAGGCAUUCAGCAUAGAUUGGCAGUGAUAAAGUGUGAGUCUGCCAGCCGCUGGCACGUAUUCUUGUCGUUUAAAAAAAAUAUAUAUAUAUUUCUAGUUUGUGUGCAGAUUAAUUUGUAGCCAGGUCCCAACUUCAUGAGAAAGUUUACAGGAAUGAGAUGCCACGUCUUCAAUAAAGAGUAAAGUACUGAUAAUUUGUUUUAGAUUCUAAUUAGAUGUGCAUUUGGAAUGUAUUAAUCCUGUGGGGGUCAGUUGGAUGGCAAAACGUGCCAUACAAUUUUUAAAUUGCCGCACACAACAUUAUAUAUCAUUCAACAAACCUAUAUCUUUUUAUCGAUCUAUAAAAUAGAUCCAAUUUCCUCGUAGGAUUGACAGGGUAAAGUUUGGGCUUUCUAUUGCAUUUUAUUGAUAUUUCAUAUGAAUCUCCCACUCCCUCUAGCAUGUAAGCUCAUUGAGCAGGGCCCUCAACCCCUCUGUUCCUGUGUGUCCAAUUGUCUAGUUACAAAUACAUGUCUGUUCGUCCAUCCAUUGUAAAGCGCUGCGGAAUUUGAUGGCGCUAUAUAAUUACAUAAUAAUAAUAAUAUUUUUAACCCCUUAAUGACCAUUGUGUAUGUCAUCAUAAGAAUUGGUUUUGAAAGGAACUUAUUAAAAAAAAAAAUGGAAUGACCCACAUAAUUAAACGCUGCAUGGAUCAGUCAAAUUAAAUAAGCAGGGCAUUCCAUACCAAAAUACAGGCAUUCGAGACCAGAUUGUGAUAAUCCCAAAAUCUUUAGGGUUAAUGGUAGUUGUGGAAUUGACAGAUGGCAAAAGUCCCGAAAAGUUAAAGGGUUCUAUUUAUAUGUCCAUAAGUGCAUUAGAGUAUUUUUUGUUUGCUGGGCUGCAGGUUAUUAAAUUCCUGCUGAUAUGCCAUAAGGCAUGCUGAAUUCAGUAGAUUUGCUAAAAGUGACCUUCUCUGAUUUUCAUUCACAGACUUAAAAAAUUAGGUCAAAUGCAGACAUGGGCCGACCUGUGGCUAGGUGACACAUCCAAUUCAACAGUGUAUAGUGGCAUAUAUACCCUAGCAUUUGCAUAUAAAUAUGUGUUAUUUUUUCCAAUUCAUCAUUUUAUUUUGAAAAAGACAAUUGAUCAAAUACACAAGCAUUUUGAAUUAACAAAAAGAUGUUUACAGAGUAAUGUCAAGGUAACCAGACCAUUACAUUCCAUGUCAUUUGUCCCUCCAGUAUAUUUACGGCAUCAUAAAUGAGAAAUGUAAAUCAAAUAAAACCAAUAACUAAACCAAAUAAGCCACCUACAAUGAGUCCAUUCUGAUAAAACAAUAUGUUUAGUCAUUUGAGAUUGUGUGCUCCUUUCAGGGUGCCCAUACCUGAUAAAAAUAACCUUUUUAGUCAAUUUUAAUGUGAAUUCUUAAUAUGCUUUGUUAUUUUUAUGGAAGCUUGGGUAGCAGUAAUAUCAUAAAUAUACAAAAAUCAGCAUUUCUGCCCACACGGGCUAUGAAUGUAAGAUUAAUGCAUUACUUGAAUAAUUUAACAGUCUGCUGUUAGUUGAGACUGCAGUGAUGUCACUAAACGCUUGCUGUGUGGGAUGGAAGGACUUUAUGUCUGAUAACACAGAAGAUGCAUAUUAUUAUCUGGUCAAUUCAAACCUUAUAUCUUGUCAAAUUAGUUGUUUUUAAAGGACCACUCUAGGCACCCAGACCACUUCAGCUUAAUGAAGUUGGCAUGGUGCCAGGUCCCUCUAGAAACUGCUAUGUUUAUAAAUGGGUUAAUCCAGCCUCUAAAGCCUCUAGUGGCUGUCUCAUUGACAGCCGCUAGAGGCGUUUGCGUGCUUCUCACUGUGAAAAUCACAGUGAGAAGAUGCCAGCGUCCAUAGGAAAGCAUUGUAAAUGCUUUCCUAUGAGACAGGCUGAAUGCGCGCGCAGCUCCUGCCGCGCAUGCGCAUUCAGCCGAAGAGGAGGAUCGGAGGCGGAGAGGAGGAGGAGAGCUCCCCGCCCGGUGCUGAAAAAAAGGUAAGUUUAACCCCUUUCCUCGCCAUCCAGUCCGGCGGGCGGGGGACCCUGAGGGUGGGGGCAACUUCAGGGCACUAUAGUGCCAGGAAAACGAGUAUGUUUUCCUGACACUAUAGUGGUCCUUUAAACCUUGAGCUUGAUUAGUUUUUUCACCUUGGAUAUUUUAAUUUUCCUUUAUAUCCCCAUUACCUUUCUGUCAGAUUUCAUCCUGAAAUCUUCACAUUUUUAAUUCCAUUGACGCCUUUAUGAUUUAUAUUUUAUAAGCCCUAAACCAAGGGUGGGCAACCUUCGGCACUCCAGCUGUUGGGGGCUACAUCUACCUAGGGUUGCUACCAUUUUUGGCACAAAAAAAAAUACUGACCGUGGUUAUGUACAUAAUUUAAUUAUAUGAGUGACAUCACAGGGCACAACAUCACGUAAUGUUAGUUAACGUCUCAGGGAGUGACAUUAUCGAAAAAAUGUUUUGCAAAGGGGAAAUUCCCUGUGUAUGCUAUCUGAAUGAGUGUCUUUAUAGUAGUAUAUCAUUAUCCAACAGUGUCAUUGUACAAUUGUCUGAGUGUGUGUCAUUGUGUGUAUACUUUGUCUACGUGUGUCUAUAACAAUGUGUGCCUGAGUGUAUGUAACUGUGUGACUGCUAUGUAUGUGUAUGUUAUUCUGUGUACCUGCCUGUAUAAUAGAGGUUGAUAUUUUUGCUCCAUUUCUCUCACCAUUCUCCUAAAAGUCCUGUCAAACAAUGCCAGCACUGGCCAGACUACCUUAAAUACUAUAUGUGCAGGUAUAAUACCAACCCUAUAUCUACCAUGAUUCUCUUACAGCCACAAUGCUGGCAGAGCAUCAUGAAUUAUGUAAUUCAUUGUUCCCCAACCCUGUCCUCAUGGACCACCAACAGUCCAGGUUUUGUCAGUAUCUCCAUUGGAAUAAAACAGGGAUUAUUGCAUUCCAUUAACACCUGGGGGUUCAAAUUUAGGAAACCCUGCUAUAAAGCCAGAUGGCGCCAGACCCCAGCCUACAUGACUGCAGACAGACAUAAAGCUAGUUGCCAUACUUUCCAGUUUGGUUAGUUUCGCGUACAAUUUGUAGAUGUCUUCUAAAUUCUCCACAAUUCUCAUCCGCAGUCGUUGAGGAUAAUGUUUAGAAUUUUGCUCAUUGGUUAGCGAUGGUGCCUUUUGUAUUCAAGUACAAGCUUUUUUUUUCAGAUUUGUAUUUUAUUAUUUCUUCAAUAUGUGGUCAGGGGUACAGAAGGAAAAAGGGUAUGUUAGCGGGGGGAUACAAGGUUUCAGCAUUUUACAUAACCAUCACAUCCGCAGAAUUUUGCAGAACCUGAGGGAAUACAGGGGGGAUUGGUACAUACAUGCAUUUCGACACAGUAAAUUGGGUAUAUGCGUAAGCUGCUUAACUGUUAGAUUGUGUACACUGUCGCCUAAGCGUCUAUGUGGUCUGGCUCUUAAGUGAGAGCCAUGCCAGGGAAUCCUCCCGUAAUCAAGGUUAUGAGCAUGAGUGGUCUGCUCAGCCGACGUAGUUAUUAUUGUAGGCUGUACGGCCUGUGGUGGUUCUUUGCGCCAAUUAGUCACAGGUUUGCGGGUUGGGAAGUGCCGGAGUCAAGCCUCAUUUUUGAUGAGUGCGUUGGUGUAUAAGUGGGUAGCCCCUAUGUCAAGUACAAGCUUUUACAUAUAGAUACGUCUAAUGAGCCAUGCUGUAAUCAGUUCAAAUCUAAAAUACACAAUCAAAAUGUCAUAUCUCUGUUAUGGUAUUUGCAGUUGCUUUCUUCUAGUAUAUUUUGUGAAAGGCAUCAAGCACUCACCCAAGUACGGCAGAAUAGAGCAGAAACCUCAAUGUCACAAAAUCCAAGAGUAAACAAAUGGUCCAUCACUAUAUACAUAUAUAUAUUAUAAAAACCCUCGAGUGUUGCCCUCUCACAUCAGUGUACCAACCAAUUUGGUCUUUAUCACGACAAGUUUCAUUUAUCUGAAAACCAGCUUCCUGCAUGGAAUUCUUGCUUAUGACAUUCUUUAAGAAUUAUUUUAAGAAAUGCAAGAGGUACAAAACAUAUCUAAUACAAAAAGUAAAAAAAAAAACUAAAUUUAUUUUUCACAUCGGAAAAUUGUUUAAGGGUAAAUUGACUCACAAAAAUGUAAAAAUCAUAGUGCACAUAUAAGUAGCGAAAAGAAGAGGAAAAACUGGGAGGAAAAAAAAGAUAUUCUUUUUAUGUUUUUAUGUGAACAAUAGCUGGUCAUUCAUAUAGUAAAUACAGUUUCUGCAUUAAAACUGUACAUUUUCAGUUAUUCUUCGACAUUCAGGAUCCUUAGGAAGGAAUCGUGCGUUACUUAAAGGGACACUAUAGACACAAGAACAACUACAGCUUAUUAUAUUUAUUCUGGUGAGUAGAAUAAUUUCCUUCAGGCUUUUUGCUGUACACACUGUGUUUACAGUGCAGCCUAGUGAUAACUCCACUGGCCACUCCUCACAUGGCUGCAGUGGCUGUUAGAGGUGCCUCCUGGGGGCAGUGCUGCAGCAGCAGCAGCAGACUUGAAUACAAGUAAGAGUUUACUAUAUUUAGGGAGACAAGGGAGGUAGGGGGGCUAGAUGGUGGUUUUAACACAAUAGAGUCAGGGAUACAUGUGUGUGUUCCUGACCCUAUGUGUUCUUUUAAAACUAAAAUGGUAAAAAGGUUAAUCCAAGCAUCAUGACUAGGUAAUUGAUUUUGCUGUGAAAUGCUCUACAUACUGAGAUGAAAGGGAACCUAUAGUCCCGAAAAUAAAAAUUGUUAAUUUCUGUCCACCCUCUCUGCUAUUAAAGAAAUAGGUAAAACAAAGACUACUCACCUCAUUUCCAGCGCAAGGAGUCCACAGCUGCAGCUGCACACUCAGUUUUUGAAGAUGUCUGCAUUUCUGUGGAUUUCUUAUGUCAUUGUGAUCUCCUCCCAUCCAUUCCUUCUCAAUGAUUAUAUUGCAGGGUUAAAAUGACAGACCACUGGUCUGGGUGACUAAAUUGUUUCAUUAACCCCUUAGCCGGCAGAGAGGUAACUCCACGUCCGGCAGAGUUAUUAGCCAGUCUAGAGGAAAGUUCUGAGCUGGCAAAUGUGAAUUCAGUACCAAAUUGGCAUCUGAUGCCAACAUGCCUGCCUUGUCUUCCCCUUACACCCUAAGCUCCCACCUUCUGCGGCAAAGGUGAAUGAUGUCAGCCAAGGAGGAUGAGAGGAGAACUUGGACUCUGGUUUUCAAGCCUCUAAGCUUGUAGAGAAAGUUGCAACAAAUUGGCGUGUACACAGGUUAAUCGUUGAACCUUGCUUUCCAUCUGGUUUGUCAGGAAGUGCACACUUUAUAACCUUGUAUUCCAAUCAAGGUCUCUGCUGUGUAACAUGCUUUGUGCAACUAACCAGGGCUUUCAAUUUGGUAAUGUUAUGUUGGGAAAGGUCCUGCUCUAUAAGCAAGUGGAUGUUUCAUGGGAAGUGGGCAGAGCGAAAAUCCACCCCUGCAUUUUUGAUGAAAGGAAUUUGCUUUUGGGUUAUCAAACCUGGAUCCAAUGGGCUACGCGUGAUAAACAGGUUUAAUCAUUAAAGUUAGAAUUUAUAUUGAAUUUAUAUUUAAGGCCACAGUAGCUAAGCUGUUUUUUUUUCCAGUUUAGCUAUUUUGUCCUUUGAAUUAUGACUUUACUGAAAAAUCUCAAUAAAGUCAGCUCAAAUUGUGCUUAAAGGAGCACUAUAGGGUCAGGAACACAAACGUAUUCCUGACCCUAUAAGGUUAAAACCACCAUUUAGCCACCCUGGUCCCCUCAUGCCACUAAAAAUAAAGUAAAAUCUUACUUGAAUUCAGGCCGGCAUCUGCAUAGUUUGUUCCUGUUUCCUUUAGACCUGCCCACUGCCUGCUGACAUAAUCAGAAGUGGUGGCCUGAUCCAAUCACAAUGCUUCCCCACAGGAUUGGCUGAGACUGACAAGGAGGCAGAUCAGGGGCAGAGCCAGCAUGAUUCAAACACAGCCCUGGCCAAUCAGCAUCUCCUCAUAGAGAUGAAUUGAUUCAAUGAAUCUCUAUGAGGUAAGUUCAGUGUCUGCAUGCAGAGGGAGGAGACACUGAAUGUUUGGAUGCAUUUUAGGCAGCCAUGACCCAGGAAGGAUCUCAAACAGCUAUCUGAGGAGUGGCCAGUGAAGUUAUCACUAGGCUGUAAUGUAAACACUGCAUUGUCUCUGAAAAGACAGUGUUUACAGCAAAAAGCCUGAAGAUAAUGAUUCUCACCAGAACAAAUGCAAUAAGCUGUAGCUGUUCUGGUGACUAUAAUGUCCCCUUUAAAGUUCAUUCUUUCCUGUAUUCAUUCACACCCUAUCCGUACUGUACUUUCUGAGGCUAUGUUAUCCAUGACCCAUUUUUAAAGUUGGAGACUGAGAUUGUUUGUUCUCUCGAUAGAUCGGUUGCUCUUCAUCUGAGUCUUCAUUACAAUAUCACUCACCAUUUAAACAUUCAGCAAUUUUAUCUGGCAAUCGUGGUUUUAUCUAUAGUCAAAUGAAUGAUAUAUCAUUCAAUUCAUCUUCAUUAUUCUUAGAUUAGAAAUUUAAAAUAUUGAAUAACAAAUUUAACAACGGUCUGUCAUCCUUCCUUUCUGUUUUUUUAUACUGAGAAAUUUAAAGCACCUUUAUUGCCCAACUAUAUAUGCACAUGUUAAAAUGUCUAAUAUAUUGUAAACCAUCUGUAAAAUCAAAACAACAUGAGAUUUGUAGUGGCACAUCUAGAAACAUUCAUGUUGUCUACUACUUGGUAAGAUGUGGCCUAUCUAGCGUACCUCCCCUCCACCCAUUAGGAGGUGUAUCGGUAACCCUACGCUAAGGGAGAUCAGCGCUGGAAUCGGGUAAGUACAGUCAGGUUUUUUUUUUACCCUUACAGUGAUGUGCUAGGAAUACAGGUUUGUUUUCCUAGCACUAUAGUAUCCCUUUAACAGAUGUGUUUCCAAGAUGUGAAAAAUCGAAUCAAAUGUGGAAACUGACCCGGGUGUUUUCUAGAACUGUGCUCCUCCCGUUUGGUUCCCUUCAAUCAUUGUAAGCUCUGCCCUUUUCUGUCAUUGAACAUUGCAUGUAGAGAAACAAAAACUAUAGAUUUUUCAAAUUGUUCUGUUCUACACAUUGUGCAAAAAUGGAAUUUGGAAAAGUGACCAUUGGAAUAUGUCUUCUGAUUUCACUUUCUUUCCAUUGUGAUUGCCCCCCUUUUAGUAAUUGAGACCACUUUUUACAACAGAAAACAUUUGUGAUGUGCCUGGCCCGAAGUGGAGUGUGAUGUCAGUUGCUAAGACUUUCAUACAAAACACUUUUCUCUUUUAAAUGUAAAUUAAAUAUAUGUUAACACAAGGUAUGGGUGGUUUUCUGUGUUUUGUUCAGUGGUGCAAUUUCCAUAAAAAGUGGCAAUUUUGCUUUAAUCAUUCUGACAGACCCCUUAUAAUAGAUACAAAUUGUGAGUCAGAUUCAGAUUGGUAUUGGUUAUUUUAGGCUUUCUGUAGUUUUUUUUUAAGCUUCUGUAAUAUAAAGGUAAAAAUCUGAAUUGUUCACAAUAACAAAGGCGAUUUGUAGAUAAUAGAGUUAGUGGAUAAAGUAGAAUAAUCCACAGCUUUCUUUACUUAAGUAUCUCUACCCCAUUAUCUCUGAGUGAUUAGACUGAAUAAGGAACCUUUGCCUUAAAUGUUUCAUUAUUCUGUAUCUCCGCUGCAAUUUGCGGUGACUGUCCAUCAAAUGUUAGAGACUCAUUAUUAAUUAAGUCUUGUUGUCUUAAGUUGUGUUCCAUAUUUGGUUCAAAUGCAACAUUCAAUUAGUAAAACAUUAUAUUUUUUUUGUCUACUUGAAUAAGCCAUGUCACACAUUUCUUGUAUUAAAUUGGUAUAAGAUAACCUGUUUUAUGUUUGUGUCCUUUUUGUUAGGUCUUCUUGUUGGAACACUUGAUGCUGUUUUAGAUUCUACUGCUAAAGUAGCACCAUUCCGGAUUCUUCAUCAAACCCCAGACUCGCAGGUGUACUGGUCUAUAGCAUGUGGUGAGUAUUAUCAAAAAUCCAUAACUCUUUUUCCACUUUCAAAUAGUGAUCUGGCACAACCCUAUCAGAGACUAGAAUGGGUAGACUUUGAGCCAGCAUUAAGGGGCUCAGGCCUGCCUUAACUCUAAAUCAGGCCUGUCCAACCUGCGGCCCCCCAGAUGUUGCUGAACUACAACUCCCAUGAUUCUUUCAAUUAAACAGAUAGCCAGGGAAUCAUGGGAGUUGCAGUUCAGCAACAUCUGGGGGGCCGCAGGUUGGACAGCCCUGCUCUAAAUGCAGCAAUCAAAAGCUCAAAUGCCUAUUUCAAUGUAUCUCUAUCAUAGUUAUUGACUUAAGUAAGUCCCACCGAUAGCCAAUAAAGGAAUAAAAAACAUUUAUUUACUCACCCAAUUCAAGGUCCCUCUGCACUGGGUUGGCGCACCACCGUCUUCAUCCGACGGGGGGACUUAAUAAGCAUGUGCGCCAAGCGCCACAGGUGCAUUAGGCCAACCCUAUAGGAAAAUAUAGACUCAAUGCUUUCCUAUGGAGUUUUCACUGAUGCUGGAUGUCCAGCGUCAUUUAGAUGGCCUAGAGUUCCGGUAAGCUCCCAGAAGCUCCUCUAGUGGCUUUUUUGACUUGACCUGACUUUUUUUUUUUAUCUACCUUUAUUCAUUUUUAGAGGAAGCUUUAUAUUAGGAAAUUAGAAAGAUUAGGUAUAACCUUGGUUGAAACACAGAUAAACAUAUUGUUUUCCUUUCACAAAGAUAUUCUGCUUAACUGUCAAAUCUAACCCAAAUUACAUAUCAAAUCCUUCUCUUUUUGGUUUCAACAUGGUCCUAAUGGGGCUACAAUCACUACAUCAACAGGUAUGGUUAUGUUGCCUAGACAGAUCCGUUAAGUUAAAGGUGUCAAACCUCUGUUUGCAAUUCAGAGCCUCCUUCCUCAUUUUAAUGUCAACCUAUUAUGGUACUCCUUAUAAUCUUUGUAUUUUUUUCCUUUAAACUAUUAUGCUCUAUAGGUUGUAAGAGCAUACAGUUCAAAUUAUGGAGGGGAAAAAAAACAUACAAAAUGUGACGCAUCACCCAAAACGUGUAUCUUAUUUGUUCUUCUAAUGAAAUUGCCUUAAUUUAUAAAAAACAAACGUACAGAAGCAGCACAUAAUAAACAUAUUUCAACGUUACGUAACACACACUUCAAAUUAUGAUCCUUAUUUUCCCUGUUUUUGUACUUAGAGCUUCAAUGUAAGAGCUCAUUCAUCUUGUAGAAAUAAUGGCUUUCUAACAGCUGUCCAUAUUGAUGGUUCUCUAAAAGAAAUCUUAAGCAUGGAAAACCACAAUUUUACUUUAGGCAGGUUUAUUCUCUAAGCAGUGAGCUCUUUGACUUCACAAUCUAGGUUUACAUUGUAGGCUAAUUUAGCAACAAAAUAAAUAAAUACAGUGGUUUAAUACAAACCUGAAAAUAUAGCAGGAACCAUAAUAAAGUAGCUGCACUAGAGCCUCUAGGUUUAUUCAUAUCUUUUCAUGAAUGAAAUUGCUGUUGACCGCUAAACUUUCUAAUCCUCGAGCUCCUCAUGGGCAAGGCUUAUGAACUAUUCUCUGUAAUCCAACUGAGAACCAUGAGAGCCUCAGAAUAGAUAGGGAAAAUGUAUGUAACUUUCUUCAUUUUUGAGUUGUCAGUGUGUUUUUACAGUGCUAUAAAUCAAUGCAUUAUCUUUAGUGCAUUAAAAAGAAUAUUAUUGUAAUUUCCCCUUUUUCCCCCCUCCCUUUUUGCAUUAUACUAUUUUUGUUUUGUUUUAGUGUUUUUGUUUUUUUUUAGACUUCAUUUAGUCAGAUGACCGUACAAUAAAUCAAUGUAUUAAUUUUACAUUUUCUAACACGUUGCCGAAUUUCGACUAGGCCUUCUACUUGUAUUGAUAGAAAUGUUAAACAAAAGCCACAUGUUUAACUGCAGGCCGACAUAAUUAUUAUUAUUAUUAUUAUUAUUAUAUUUAUAGAGCGCCAUCAAAUUCCGCAGCGCUUUACAAUGGGUGGAUGAACAGACAUGUAGUUGUAACCAGACAAGUUGGACACACAGGAACAGAGGGGUUGAGGGCCCUGCUCAAUGAGCUUACAUGCUAGAGGGAGUGGGGUAAAAUGACACAAAAAAGUAAGCAUAGUAUUAGACUAGUAACAGUUGCAGAAGAGGAAUCAGUCAGGAGCUAUUAACAGUUUAAUUGAUACGCUUUUAUGAAGAAGUGGGUUUUUAACGAUUUUUUGAAGGAGUGGAGACUGGGUGAGCAUCUAACGGAGGAGGGAAGCGAGUUCCACAGGAACGGUGCAGCCCUCGAGAAAUCUUGAAGGCGAGCAUCAGAGGUGGGAGUACGGACAGAAGAUAGCAGUAAGUCUUCAGCAGAUCGUAAGGGCCUAGACGGGACAUACUUGUGUAUAAGGGAGGAUAGAUAGGUGGGAGCAGCAUUAUGUAGAGAUUUGAAAGCAAAAACCAGAAUUUUAAAUUGAGCUCUAUAUUUUAUAGGAAGCCAAUGUAGGGACUGACAGAAGGGUGAGGCAUGGGAGGUGCGGGCGGAAAGGAAGAUGAGCCUCGCCGCCGCAUUCAUUAUGGAUUGUAACAGCGCAAGUUGGGAGCACGUAAGACCACUGAGAAGUGGAUUACAGUAGUCAAGGCGAGAAAGGACAGUGGAAUGGACCAACACCUUAGUCGCAUCUGGCGUUAAGUAGGGGCGGAUGCGCGCAAUGUUUUUGAGAUGGAAAUAACAGGAUUUGGCGAUAGAUUGAACAUGAGGCUUAAAGGAGAGGUCGGAGUCAAAGAGAACACCUAGGCAGCAAGCCUGUGUGGUGGAGCUGAUGGUAGCACCGUUGACUUGGAGGGAGACAGACACAGGAGUAACAACACUUGAGGAAGGAAAGACCAGAAUUUCAGUUUUGGUCAAGUUUAGUUUAAGGAAAUGGGCAGCCAUCCAGUUAGAAACAGCAGAGAGGCAGUCAGAGACACUAGUCAAGAGGGACAGGGAGAGAUCAGGAGAGGACAGGUAGAUUUGCAUGUCAUCUGCAUAGAAAUGAUAUUGGAAGCCAAAGGAGCUAAUGAGUUUACCAAGGGAGGCAGUAUAGAUGGAGAACAGUAGGGGACCAAGGACUGAACUUUGGGGGACACCAACAGAGAGGAGUUGGGGAGAAGAAGCAGAGCCAGAGAAAGAAACACUGAAAGAGCGCUGGGAGUGGUAGGAGGAGAACCAGGAGAGAGCAAUAUCUUAUAGACUGAUAUUGCGGAGGAUGAGAAGAAGCUGUUGAUGAUCAACAGUGUCAAAAGCCGCAGACAGGUCAAGGAGAAUUAGGAUAGAGUAGUGACCACGAGAUUUUGCAGCGAGUAGAUCAUUGGAUACUUUGGUCACUGCCGUUUCCACAGAGUGCUUAGUGCGGAAACGAGACUGAAGUGGGUCUAGCAGAGAGUUGGACUUGAGGAAGUCUGUCAAUCUCGCAUACACAAUUUUUUUCAAGGAUCUUGGAUGCAAAAGGCAGUAGCGAGAUAGGACGAUAGUUGUAUGGGGAGUUAGGGUCAAGAUUGGGCUUCUUUAGAAUUGGGGUUACAGUUGCAUGUUUAAAAGGCAAUGGAAAUAUACCAGAGGAGAGAGAGAGAUUGAGAAUUUUAGUGAGAGGUGGAGAAAGAGAAGAAGCCAGAGUACGGAUGAGAUGCGAGGGAAUUGGAUCUAGGGAGCAGGUCGUGGGACGGGAUGACUGGAGCAGAGCAGAAACCUCUUGCAAUGUAGCGGGUGCGAAUGAACAUAGAACAGCAGAGGGAGUGAAGUUAGGGGAAGUAUUGUAAGGGGAAGAAUAAAGAUGAGAGAUCUCUUCUCUGAUUGUAGAGAUCUUGUCAGUGAAGUGAAAUUGGGUCUGAAUUCUCUUUUGUUAUUUAAUUAUUUAUUUUGUUGUGGUUUUUUUUUUUUGUCCCUUCUCUUUCUCAAUACUUUUUGUGCUAUUAGCAAGUGCAUUCUCUAUGGAUGUAUAAAGCCACAGUAUGGGGCCUGCUAAAUAAUCCUGUCUGAUGAUAUCUUGUAAAGUGAGAACUGUGUCUCAUUGUCUGCCGAGGAUUAACCUAAAUAGUCUUUGCCAAAGCCAAUGCAACAAUUUACGUUUGCUCCUUAAUUUGUGAAAUCCUGGAACACAAACCCUAAAACUGAUUGUCUCAUAGUACACAACUCAAAUUUAUUAUGCCUAUACCAUGUUUACAUGUAUUUUAUCUGUAUAAUAUCUAUAAUAUGCCUACAUUUUUUUAUUUAUCGCAUAUGCAUAUAUAAUUUUUCAUCAUCUACCUACCUCUCCUUUUUUUUCCCCGUUAAAGGUUGUUUUGCACACUUUUUGUUUGAUAUUAUUUUUCAUGUUUCUGCUUUUCAUAAUUUGUGUGUGUAUAUGUAGGUGGGCAAGUUUGUAUUGCCAAAACAGUCUAUUACUGAAAACUUUUAAAUAUGUUAAAAUCCUUGACUUCUACUCUUUUAUAUACACAUCAUAUCAACUUUGAUAUUGCCUAUAUUACAUAUGUGUAUCUAAUUCUUCUUCAAUGACUCAAGGCAUUGUAAACUGCAAUAAUGUUGUUGUAUUUCAUAUUGAAAUAUUUAAAGGGACACUACAGUCACCAAAACAACUUUAGCUUAAUGAAGCAGUUUUUGUGUAGAUCAUGCCCAUGCAGUCUCACUGCUUAAUUCUCUACCAUUUAGGAGUAAAAUCACAUUGUUUAUACAGCCCUAGUCACACCUCCCUGCAUGUGACUUACACAGCCUUCCUAAACACUUCCUGUAAAGAGCCAUCUAAUGUUUACACUUCCUUUAUUGCAAAUUAUGUUUAAUUUAGCAUUUCUUAUCUACCUCUCUGUUAAUUGCUUGCUUGACCAGACCCUUUGGAAGCCUCCUGUAUGUAAUUAAAGUUCAAUUUACAGAGCAGGAGCUGAAACUUUUAAAGUAAGUUACAUCUGAUUGAAAAUGAAACCACUUGGUUGCCAUGCAAGCUGUGUCAGUCAGGGGAGGUCUGGUUAGGGCUGCAUAAACAGAAACAAAAGUGAUUUAAUUCCUAAAUGGCAAAGAAUUGAGCAGUGUAACUUCAGAUUCGUGAUCUAUACACCAAAAUUGCUUCAAUAAGCUAAAGUUGUUUUGGUGACUAUAGUGUCCAUUUUAGAAAAAACAAAAACACAUACAAACCUGAACAUAAGCAUAUAUGGUUUUGACAUUUUAAAAGCAUGUGUAUUCAUAAGAUUUAAUUGAAAUAUAAUAUUAUCCGCUAUUCACUCUUUCUAAAAGUAUCGUUUAGUCCUGAAAAACUCCACCAAAAACAUCCAACAAAAUAGAAAAUAGACCUUUUAUUUAUUUUUAUUUUUUUGCAACAGGCAAUAAAUGAAGAAAGACAUUUGAGAAACAUGGGUAGAAUGUGGGUCACUCUCAUAAAACACAGACAUUUAAAUGAAAACCUGUACUGAGCCUUUCUUUCCACUUCUGCAUAUAACUGUUAUUGUAAUUUUCAGGAUCGUUUUUCAGUGCUGCGAUCAUUAAUCUAAUGAGCAACUUUAUAUAGUUAUUUUUCUACUACACCUAUGUCCCUUUUAGUUCACAUCCUCUUUAUUGCCCCCUUUCUCCUCCUCCUCUACUCUCGUUUUCCUUAUCCUUUUCUUUUCCUGCUCACUGUCCGAUGUUACUUUGCUCCCCACCCCAACUUCAUUGCCCUUUGCUGUUCUACCAUUCUGUCCUCUCAGAUUUGUGUGUUUUGUUUCAGCCUCUUCCCCUUUGUUUUUCUCUUUCUUGUUCUCCCUAUAUUGCUCUGUAUUUUUACUAUGUGUGUGUGUGAAUGUUUCUUUCUGCCUGUUAUCUUGGAGCAAAUACAGUGCAUAGUACACUGACAUUUAAAGCUCUUGUGGUUGCAUCGAUUUGCCUGAGGUUUCCUUUUUCCUGGACCAGCAAAUCAGUUAGGCAUAUUCUUCUGUACCACCGUUGAUGCUCCUUUAUUUUAUAGUAAAGAAUACUUUUCUGUUAUAAGUAUGCUCAUGCUAACGAGGCUUCGUGCAUGGAUUGUACUAUAAAAGUCUGCAGCUCAAAAUCCACCCACACCCAGGACCCUCUGGUCUUAUACUUGUUCUUUUGUGGAAACCAGAUCAGUGAGUGGGAGGUAGGAUGUCAUAUGAGGACAGUGUUUCAUGUUGCCAUGGAGAUUAUUUCAAGAAGAAAUGUUUUCGCUGGGUUUUAAUAUUUUAUUGUUUUACAUUUGCCUUAAAGGGACACGAUAGUCACCAGAACAACUGCAGCUUAAUGUAGUUUUUCUGGUGUCUACUACCUGUCCCUGCAGACCUUUUAAUGUAAAGCCACAGCGUCACAAUGCCUUUCCUAUGGUAAAGCAUUGGAUUGGCUGAGAUCAUCAAGUUUCAUGUUCUCUGCCAAGGGGGCAGUGCAGGGGCAAGGACAACCCCAGGGAGACCCACAUGGCGCUGGAGAAAGGUUUGUGAAAUCAACUUUUUUACAGGAGGGUCAGUCACCUGUAGGACUAUUUAGACCUAUAGUGUCAGGAAUACAAGUUUGUAUUCUUGACAUUAAACACCAUUAGUAGAAAGUAUUUGACUAGAGUGGGUUAAUCAUUGAGAGGAAUACUAAGAUAUCAAAUUUGGUUGCUUUACAUCACUUUUUAUGUUCUUUUCAUUUAGGGGCCAACAAAGAAGACAUUUUAAAACACUGGAAAUGGCUAGAGCUAAAUGUAAUGAAGACUUUGUCAGUAUUUGAUUCAAGUGAUGAUAUAACCAGUUUUGUUCAAGGAAAAAUAAGAGUAAGUACUUGUAAUUACAUAGGUAUCGACACAGAAUGCUUUUACAAAAAUCAAUGUAGUGACCUGAAUUUAAGAACUGGUGAGACUUCUCACUAGUAUAGCCCACUCUGUGAAGCUUGCCAAGGCCCAAGGGCUUGCAACAGGGGUCUUCAAAGGCUUUUAUUUCCUGAAAUCAAUAAAAUGAGUACCAUUAAUUUAGAUAGUGGUUAUUUCUAUUUAUCAGAUGCAUGCCUAUUUAGAAUUCUGAUCGCACGCCUUACGUAAGUCUCAUAAUAUAGAUUGAGAUGAAAGAGCGAAGUAAGAUCUGAAUAUACAUAUGUAAAAGUUAUGGAACCUAUCCUCUUUGUUUUUCUUCUGUUACGAAAAGUAUGCAUUUAAUAGCAAACUGGGGGCCGCCAUUUUUUGGUCAGUGACCAUGAUUUAAAUUCCAGCUCUGUUCUGAUUGGGUGACACCACCAGUCAAUCAGAACACAGUCUUCACCUCUUUCUCUUCUGUGUUUCCCUGUAGUUGUCAUUAUCUAUAAUGCAGGGCUUCUUGCUGCAGUAAAAUGCACAAAAGGUAAGUCCCAUAACUUUUACAUAUGUAUGCUGUAUUAUAAAAAUUUGCUACUUAACAUGUAUACAAAAGAACAUUGGAUAGAUAUGCAUUACAGAGUUCCGUACAUUAAAAAUUCACAAUGUUGAAAAACCUGUGAAAACCAUUAUUACACGUUAUUGCUCCUUUAAAAAACAAAAAAACAAACAAAAAAAACCAUUGCCAUUUAAAGCAUAACUAUUGUGUUAUGAAAUAAACGUCUCCAUGUUAAAAAUACGUCCACUUAGUCUGCAAUCUAUGUUGAAAGCUGGCUGUGGUGGUUAUGAGGCAACAGACUGUAAAUGUCUGGCAAUCAGACAAUUUCCUUAAAAAAAAAAAAAAAAAAAAGUGUUUUUCCAUUUAUGCCUUUUGUUUUUUUAUUUUGAAGUUGAUAAAAUAAUUUUUUAUUUUUUUUUAAGGGUCUCAUUGCUGAAGAAGGAAAGGGCUCCUUUGUCAAAGAAGAAGAUCCUGAAAAAUUCAGAGAAGCCCUUAUGAAAUUUGAAAAAUGUUUUGGCUUACCAGACCAGGAGAAAUUGGUGACUUACUACUCGUGCAGUUACUGGAGAGGAAGAGUUCCGUGCCAGGGUUGGCUGUAUUUGAGCACCAACUUUCUUAGUUUUUAUUCUUUCCUCCUGGGUUCUGAGUGUAAGUAUCUAGAACAAGAUACACAAUAAGAGAAACCAAGCAGGUAAUGUGCAAAAGACAGGAUUAAGAACAACUUCAAAAUCCCAUUCUCUAAUUUCAUUUGGGGUAUGUCUGCCAAACAGUGAUUUCUAGGUGUUUGCUUUUUUUUUGGUAUUGAAAGGAAGUGUCCCUUUUAGGUCUGUAACACAGAUUAUAAUCUGAAAAAUAGAUUUAAACACAGACCGUAUCAUAAACAGUGGUUCACAUUCUUGUAAACCUAAAUAUCCGCAGUUGAGUCUUUUCUUUUUUUUUAAAUAUUAUGUUGUGUUUACUAAAUUCCUUCAUAUUUAUUAGUAUUUUCAGUAUAAGGUAGUUAACCAAGAAAAUACAGGUUAAGAAGGAAUUCACAAACCUGUCCAUGGUCUUACAGUCUAGGACCGAGGCACUUUCAUAGCAAGUCAUCUAGAAGAAUAAUCGGUUAAAGAAACAAAAUUACGUUUACGUUUGAAAGAAAAACAGAUAACUUUAUUACAGGGGAACAUUUCCAUCAUCUUAUGACUGGACAGUAAUGCCUAAACACUCAUUUCUGUUGUGAAGCUUAUAGAUUAUGUAUCCGUUAAACGUUUGGGAACCACUGUUCUUAGGUUCAAGGCACCCUUAAUAUUUAAACAUUUUUCCAAGGUGCCCCAAGUAAAAAUGUUUUCUAUGUUAUAUAUAUGUACAGCGCAGCGGCGUAUACUGGGCACCUGUUUGGCAGAAAUGCUUGCCGUUCAAACGCAGAUCCAGAACCUAAUCUUGGGAGGGGCACUGGUAGAUUAUUUAAAGAAACAAUCCAGGCACAAUAACCACUACAGCACUUUGUAGUGGCUAUGGUGCCAGUAGUGCCCUCCCAGAUUUAGUAGUCAAACUGAUUAAGAACAGUUUCACAACUUACCUGGGAUCCGCCAGGAUAGGGACUGUAGUAGGGGAUAGGGCAGUAGUGUGUGUGACCGGUGCAAUAUGUGUUUGUGUGUGAAUGGUGGAGUGUGUGGGGGGGGAGGGGUGAUGCACUGUGUGCGUGUGAGGGGUGCAAUUAGUGUACAGGGGUGCAUUGUGUUUGUGAAUAAUGUAGUGUGUGUCAGUUUGUGCGUGAGGGUUAAAGUGUGUGUGUGUGAGAGGUAGGUUGUAUGAGGGGUACAGUAUGUGGGGGGCAGGUUAUGUAAGUGGUGCAUUGUGUGUGUAUGGAGGGUAAUUGUGUCUGUGGGGGUAGGAGGGUAAAUUAAUAAAUAUAUAAUUGUUUUGUUUCAAGUAAAAAUAAUUAUUUUCAUAUCCCCCCUCCCUUCUUACCUUUGCCUGGGGGGAAGGACACUACUAAUCCCUGGUGGUCCGGGGGGAAGCCCUGACGGUCCUAGUGGCGAGAGUGAACUCACGCUAGAGUUCACUUUCGCAAGAUUUGGAGUGUUUCCAUGGUAACCGUGGCAACGCCAAGCUCGCAAGAGGAGAACCUGGUAGAGCUGCAAGUUAGAGCUCCCCUUUCCUCUCUCCUUCCCCUGCCAGCUGCAAGCAUUACAGUGCUAGCGGGCUGUGAGGGAGAUCUCUGAUCUCCCAUCCGGUACUGCAGAACCGACAGGGGAGAGUGAGGCACAAUUCUCGGUGCUAUGAACAUAGCACCGGGAAAAUAUCUUGCGGCUCCUGUGUGUGCUCAUCACUGAGUUAGAAGAUUGUAACUUUUUCGCUACAAUGUAGAGAAAGUAUAUGGUUAGAAAACAGGAGAAAUAUUUGAAAUACUUGAAAUGCAUUCAGUAUUCUGAAUAUAGCAAGACUUCACAUUGUGGUGAUUGAUCAGAAAAUGUUUGCAAGAAAAUAAAUGUAUUCCUCUAAAAUGUUGACUGUCUGGAGGAAUUAAAGUAAAUAUUUGUUGAUAUCAUGGUUUCUUUUGCUGGCCAUGGGGUGCUACCUAUAGUUACAAAGAAAAAACAAGUAAAAGUAUGGAGCUAAAACUUAAGAAUAUUGAACCUUCUAACGUGUAAAAAGCUUAAAAACACAUACAUCAACAAUAAAUACACACAGCACACCUUAUGGUAUAUUUAUGGGGUGCUACCAGUUUGCUACAAGAUAUCCACUGUUUCCCCACUCAUAUCUUCGUGACAUAUGCCUGCUAUGGUUCCAUCUUUCUCCUGCAAGCAGUCGUGGAUUCUGGGGAGAGUAGGAUGCUGAGAAGUCUCAUGCUGCACAGUCAUUCUACAUGUUUGCUUAGAGAAGUGCUUUAUUGAUAAUGGCUUGACAUCUUGCACAAUUUCAUUAAAAUUGCAUGUUAAGUAAGUUACAAGCGAAUCCUGCCAGGGGUUCUAGCUUUGCUUUCUGUAAUCUGGUGCUUAGUAUUAAUGUUAAUACCUGUCACUAACAUAUGCUUGAAUAUUCAUUUUUAAAUCGUCUUCCAGCUGCUUUGCAGAUGGUUCCUCUGGCCUCCUAUAAAAUGAUUCCAUGAAUCUUGAUCUGAGUCAUUCUAGAUCUAGCAUGGGCCAAAUAAACAAAGUUUAAGUUUAUGUGGGCCGCAAACCCCCCCCACCCCCCCCAAAAAAAAAACCCUUACAUUUUCAUAGAUACGUAGGUUUAAUUUGAUAAGUACAGUUAUAAAAAAUGGCAUCCCACUCGUCAAAAACCCCAGCACUCUCCUCUACUAAACCCCAGUCCCCACCUUUAUACUAAAUACCAGUCCCCCCCUCUACUAAAUCCCAGCACACCCUCUACUAAACCCAGGCCCCUGUUUUAAACACCGCAGGUUUGACAUGCUUGUUCUAGAUCUUUGGCAGUGUCGACAAGAAAUGUUUGUUGCGGCAUGUUGAAUCUGCACUGUGAUAACUGUGAAUCUAACUUUUUGACUGUUUCAUACUUUCGCUAUAUCCCCAGUAAAACUCAUAAUUUCAUGGGAUGAAAUCUCCAAACUCGAAAAGACUUCCACCGUCCUGCUCACAGAGAGUAUACAUGUGUGCUCGCAUGGAGAAGAUCACUAUUUUUCUAUGUUUAUGCACAUUAACGAGACCUUUCUAUUGAUGGAGCAGUUGGCAAGUUACGCUGUCAGGAGGCUCUUUGACAAGGAGACGUUUGAAAAAGAUCCUGUAUUAAAUGAUCCUUUUCAAAUUACAAAACGGUAACAAUACAACUUUUUUUUUUUUCUUGGGUUGUGAUGUUUUAAAUCCAUUUUUCUUUUCAGUAUACAUUAAAUUGACCAUUGACAAUUCUGAAAACUGGUUUUGUUUCUGUGAUUGACACUGUAUCUCAUUUCUGUGCAAAAUAUGCAGUUCUAAGGCAUAGGCUAUUAUUUAUUAUCCGUAUUCUUUUUGUGCACAUUUCAUAGCUUGAGUCCUGCCUGUGAUAUAACUGUCCCAGUUAGCUUGUUAACUAGAGUAAACUGCUGAAAGCCAACCCCAUCAUACACGUGCUAUGUAUCUAAGACCGCCAUGUUGUACAAUACGUCUCUGUCACACUCUGGCAUUAAAAAUGAUUGCAUGUACUGUCUAUCUGUAGUAAGCAGUCCCACUUUCCUUUCUGAGCAUUUCCUGAUCUGCAAGCUUUUUAAGGUACAUCUCGAAGAUAAUUUCUCCAAUGAAAGUUGCUUCGUUUAAAGGGAUCUGUUUCUGCAGAGUUGUUGCAGAACCCAUAGCUGUGUAAGGUUACCUGUGGUUUGUGCAAUAAUAUAAAUACAUUUUUCGUUUAUUUAUUUAACUGUGCUGUGCUUCUCACCCUUGUAAACGAUUUUGUAGCUUUAUUUUCUGUGAGGGAAUGAGGAAGUGUCAGGCCCCUUUAGGAUACUGAAAAUCAUUGAAAAGCAUGUCGAUUCACAUCAUAGAUUUUGAACAGCCCCUUGUAGUUCUUAGCCUUUGUUUUGUAGACACGUGUUUUCAGACCUAUGCUACGUGUAAUUUUAUAUUAUACAUAACUGAAAAUGAAGAAAAUGAAACUUGAGCAGCAGAUCUUGAUAUUUGAGAAUCAUGUGAAAUUUUAGGUGAUUAUUUUAAAGAGAUACACUUUUCUUCUCAAAAUAAUCAUUUAAACAUAAUCUUCACAGAUUAAUGUUCCUUCUGUUAAUAUGAUACCAGUGCUUGUUUGAUUUGCGUAUUAGUUUUAUGCAUUUAUAUGAAUUCCUAUGACGGGUUCUUUUCUUGUCCCUGUUGUUUGAUAAACGUUUACAGAAUUUGUUGUAAGUAGAGCUCAAUGAAACUCUCUGAGAAUUAUUAUGAGGUAGUUUAAUCUUGAGUAGCUCUGUGGAUUUUGGUCUCUAAAACAGUGGAUCUAGAAAUCUAGAUAUGGUACUCGAAAUCUGACCUUUCAGGUGUGCAUUAUUAAAUUUUAUAAUAAACCGUGUGAAAUCUACGCAAAUAAUGCGUUAAAAACACAAAAAGGUUUUUUUCCCAGGAUCUGCGGCUUCUGCAGAUUCCAUGACUUGGCUGACAUUUCACAGCCAAUCCUGGGUCAUAUUUUGAUUGAAUGCAUUGAUCCUAUCUCAUUUCCCUGGAGCAGCAGCACAGCGAGUGGGAGACCCAACCAAAAACAGGAGUGAAUCUACCUCUUGCCUAGAUCUCUUUUCGUCAUUGAACGUAUUUAUAGCUGCUGUUCAAGCUCUCUCAAUGAUGCCAAUUAAAAGAUUUUAUCUGGAUCAGACGGAGGCCCUUUAACGUCACACAAAGGCUUAUUCAGCAAAGAUUGACUUGUUGGGCCAUCAAAGUGAAUUUUAAAUUGUAGGAUAAAAUAGCUGAAAUAGAAUCAUAGCUGACAUAGUUCUGCUGUUAUGGUUUAACCCCUUAAGGACCAAGCUUCUGGAAUAAAAUGGAAUCAUGACAUGUCAGACAUGUCAUGUGUCCUUAAGGGGUUAAAAUGUAAAAUUCGCUUUGAAUUUCCGAACAGUCAUACUUGGUGAAUAACCCUAGGGGUAGGGGUUCAGCAAAUCGCUGCAGCUCUGGUGAUUAUGACGGACAUUGUCAGAAAUCUGAAGCUUCUUGAAUAAUAACCUGUGCAGAAAUAAUAAAGGUGUUUGGUGAAUUUAUUUUAUGACAGCAUUACCAGGAUCAGUCAGAAAAAUAAUAUGCAGAUUACUUUAAUAUGGGCAUUUACUCACCAAACUGUGAAAAAACUAAUUGCAAAAUUUAGGCUAGAAUAGCUGCACCAAUUUGACUUGCAUUUUGAGGUUCGAUUUCUCAUUUCUUUACUGUCUAGUGAACAGAACCAAUAGAGAACUGCAAGGUACCCCUCUGACCUUUAAACUGGAUCUUCUGGUUGAAAGUCAAGUUCUGCAAAAUAUCAACAUUUUAUUUGCUGUAUAGUUUCCUACUUGUGUGUUUUAUGGUAGUUCUGUAUCACAGGGACCUAAUAAAUUAAUUGCCCUAUUUCUGUUCUACACUAGAGGCUUGGAGAGCAGAGCACAUAGCGAACAGUUCAGCUCCUACUUCCGGUUGCCCAGGGAAGAAUCUCUGAAAGAAGUCCACGAGUGCUUCCUGUGGAUCCCAUUCAGCCACCUUAAUACUCUGGGCAAGAUGUGCAUUUCUGAAAACUACAUUUGCUUUGCGAGCCAUGAUGGCAGCCUGUACAGUACAAUUAUCCCACUAAGAGAGGUAACACACAUAAUGUUUUCAGACUGGACAACGAUUGCAUUAUGUCUCUGUCUGAUCGACCACUGAAUGGGAGUUGCAGCUUCCGAAAUGGCCAAAAAUGCAGCACCUCCUCAUCCUGGAAACGCUGUGAUAAAAAUAAAUAAAAAAAAUAAUAAUAAUAAAACAAAUAUAUAUAUAUAUAUAUAUAUAUGUAUGUAUAUAUAUAUAUAUAUAUAUAUGUAUGUGUGUGUGUGUUCAUACAUUCCAGUUUGUUUUCCAAAUUGAUAUAGGUGCACUAUGCAGUAAUAUAGUAUGCCGUAUUGGAAAUGUGAGCUUAUUCUGAGUGAGAGGGGGUGUAUGCUACGGUUUCCCAUUCCUGUGUAUUCCAUCCUCUUCAUAAUACGUAAAAUGUUCAAAUUUUUUAAAUGGCAUGGUGUGUCUGUAUAACUAAUGUUUAAUGAACAACGCGAUGGUAUAAAGGCUCUAAAUUUUUUAAUUUAUAUUUUAAAGUUUUUUUAAUGCUUUUUUUAAUAUUAUGCAAUUCGUUGAGCUAUAAUCAUUACUGCAAUAAUGUGUAUGGUUUCAAAUGAAGCCCUACAUUCGAUAUUCUGUCCAUUCAACUACUUCUGUCUAGCCUUGCGAUCAUCAUUUGACUACUUCUGUCUAGCAGUUCUAUCAUACAAUCCUAGCUUUUUGUCGAUCCCCACCCCCUUUAUAGUACUCUUGCCAUUGGUUCUAAAUAUGAGACUUUAAGCUGCAACUAUAAUUUAUGGUUUAUUUAAAAUAAGCAUAUACAUAAAUUUGAAGUGUUUACAAAUAUAUUAAUACCUUUUAUUAAUAUCCAAUGUGAUAGCAGUUAGGUGCAAUACUUUUAUAAAAGGACUAUAUUCGUAGUUGUUUUUACAUUCCUGUAGUUUUUGUAAUGCACACCUCUGCUUUUUCUAUGUCUUUAUAGAUCACCCUUAUGUUGGAUUGUUUUGUGACUAAAUCAGAUGGACUUUUAAUAACAGUUUAAUAGCAUUUUCUUGUUUACUGAACAGGUUUGAUAAAUGUUAAGAGAGAGUGCCACCUAGAGCAAUAACUUAUACAUAAAAAGUCACAGUCUUUCUUCUAAAGACUCCAGAUUUUAUUUAUACAUAGUUUUGUUUCAAAAAGAGUAAUGUCAAAAUACUGUGCUGUUGGUGAUAUUUAAGGAAAUGUUUUAAAUAAAUACAUUUUAAAAAAUUGGUCUGCACACUUUGAAAAAAUAUAAAUAAUAUUAAAAGGCUACUGAAAUCAAAAUAUCUCGCUGAUAAUAACCAAACGUCAUUAUUUCCCCUUAAUCUUUAUUCUUCAGCUCAUUGUUUUAACCCCUUGAGGACACAACUUCUGGAAUAAAAGGGAAUCAUGACGGAAUAUUUCCGUCAUGUGUCCUUAAGGGGUUAAAGCAUGGGGGGGAAAAAUGCCAUAAUUUUCUAUUCUCCCAUAUUCUCAUUUGUUUUCCUAAGGUGUUACGCAGAAUGCUUGAGGGCAAAUUCUAUGUAAAUCCUGCCCCACUUCUAUUGCAUUUUAAACCUUUUGGCCUACAUUCCUCUGCAUUAUGCAUUAUCCAUUGUCUGUGUACAAGAUGAACAUUCUAAAUCUUAUCCUUGUCUUGUUACUUAUAAAGAACAUAACUUUUGGCUUCAUAACAAACACUUUAAAUGAUAAACCAAAUUCUCCCCCCCCACCCCUUUCUCAAAUUUGUAAGUAAAAAAAAAAUACAUUUUUUACUAAAAUUUCUUCUGACAGUUCUACUUGUAAGAUACUAUUGCCCCUUUGUUUACUAUUUCAGAUUGUUGGUAUCGAAAGAUCAGAUGCAUCAAUAAGGGCUAUCACCAUUAGCACCAAAGGGAAGAUAAUAUUCCGCUUUACUGAUGUCCGAGAUUUUGAAUCACUGGUGACAAGAUUGCGAGCAAAAUGUACUGUAACAAGUCCUCAGCAUACCAUGUACACUGAGGUAAUUUGAGUUCUCAACAUAUUGUUAUAAUUAGAAAUGCGCUAAAACUGAUCUGUUUCUCUCCUUACAGGCACAUCUUGAACUUUUAUCCUCCUAAAUAGAGCACUAUGUGAACCAUUACUAAUGCAGUGCACUAAGUACAUACGCUAUUGUAGUGGUUAUGGUGGAAGACGUUUUUAGGUGCUUCUUUUGUUUGCUUCAAGCUAUUUUUGAGAGGUUUGACAAAAAAGGGAACUCUUUUGGCAUCCAAAGCUCAUUGCAUGCUGCUCAAAUAAUUAGAAGAUUUGCCCCAAACCAUCUAUCUUUUUAAAAAGCAAUGAUAGUCUGUAAUCACUACCUAUGCCUAGAGUUUCUUAGUUACAGCUUGAUUUUGUUAAAUAUUAUAUUUAUAGAAGAACUGUCUAUCAUUCAGUAAGACUAACUGGAUUCAAACUUUAUUAAAUAGUAAAUGGUAAAUAAUAAUUAUUACCCUAAUCAUCAAAAAAUUGUCUUACGUGCUCAAUACAAAUUGACCAGACCAGGCUACUAAACCUACUAAACUAUCCUAUAGAGCUUUUUACAAUUCUUGUUCACUGGUGAUCCAGUACAAAUACAAGUACUGAAAUUGAGUUAAAUGAGAUUUGUGAGGUCAAAUGUGACACUGAAACCAAUUUUAUUAGGAAAUUGCCCCAUUCUUGGCAUAUUGCUGUUGCAGAAAUUACACUUCCUUGUUAUACGUAUCAAGUUUGUCCUAAUUUGGAUGGCAUUUAUUGACUGAGAAUCAUUGUUAGUAAUGCAAAAGUGUAAUGUCCACCAAGUGAGAGUCCGGGGGCCUUCCGGACACUUGGUUUGUGUCAAACUGCUCAAAAACACUUCACGCUGAACAGUGCACAAAAUCAGGGGUGGUGACAUCAUACCAAAAAAACAUGGUAUGUGGCUAUGGUGCCUAUAAUAUCUAUUUAAAUAGUAGUAGAACACAUUUGACAGAUUACACAAUAUCUGACAAUGAUUCUAUGUUGAAUGUGUUUGAUUUUCAUUUUCACAGGCUGCUUAUAUAGAUAAUUCAUCCGAUUUCCUUGAAGAACACCCUAUGGCAGCCCAGAAAGGCACCAGCAAAACAGUCAGCACAGAAGCUUUAAUGACUGUAUUCCACCCCCAAGAUGCUGAAAAUCUGGACCCCAAAAUGGUAAAGAAUGUAUUUUUCUUGCUUCUUAGACAGAAAUCAAAAUGUUAAGUUCCAUGUUACUAGUCGGGCCUAAAAAUUACUUGCCACUGCAAGUCUGGAGGGUCCUUGGUGCAAUCAGCAGAAGUUCAUUUCUGUUUGCCAGGGCAACAUUUUUACUUGCCAAUGGCUAGUGGGCUAGUAAAAAAUUUGAGCCCUGUUCCUAAAUCCAAUUGCUGGAAGGUUGAGUGUCAGAACAACUCCAGUCUGAGAGUAGCUGGAAAAUCACUGUUGCCAAGUUCUGGUCUAUAAUUGUAUACUGCAUUUGCAUCUCCUAAAAAUAAUAGUUUAGUACGUUUACCAGAAAUCUAAUGAAUGUAAGCUAACCUUGUUAAUAACAUUUAAAGUUAAAAGAAAAAAUGAAGGAACAAUCAUGGAAUAUCCUGUUUACUGAAUGUGGACGUGGCGUCAGCAUGUUUCGAACAAAACGGACUCGAAGCUUAGUAUUGAGGGGCAUUCCGGAGACACUAAAAGGAGAACUUUGGUUACUUUUCUCAGGUAAAAUCUCAGAUAUUUUGUGUUCUACGUGAAAAUCAUAUUGUGUGAAACUAAUCUUUACACUAAAAGAAUAUAAUGUUAAAAUGGAUGUAAAAUCUUUGUUGUCAGAUCCCCCGGCCACUGGGUGGAUGAAUUGGUCUGAUAUAAAUUAUGAGAGAUUUUAUUCACAAUAAUCUCAAGGGUCCUGUCAAUUUUAUAUAUUGGACUAAAUGAGAUAUCUUGCGGCCCCCUUUUAUUCUCUGUGCUGGUGACAAUCUGACUACAUUUGGUAUUAAUGAGGGUUACCAAUAGGAGAUAUGAAACAGGGACUGGGUGGACAAGGCCCAGAGGUGGCAUUACCAGUCACAUGACUUGCGUCACUGGGGAUGGGUCAGGUUGUCCCCCGACAUUAAGCACAAUGAUGCACUCCCUUAAUGGUUCUAGUACCUGCUGCACAGCCCAAGCGCAUCUAAUUAUGGAUUUGCUCACUGCUGCCUGAGGUCUGUUCCAUGAUGUCCCCACAUUCAAGACAUCAGGAAACUGAAGGAGGACAGCGGGUCUGAACUCCAAAAUCAUGACUUUCCCAUCGAAAGCUACACUGUCGGGAGUCUUUUAUGCUAAAGAAAUUUGAAAGUUGAUUUUAGCUGCCCCUCAAAAUUUUAUUAAAAAAAAGUGUAGGACAGCUUUAUAUAUUUCACUGUUCAGUUAUCUGUUGUGCAUUUAUUUCAUGUCAUGUUUAAUGUCUGCUCACUGUAAACCACCAGGUGCUGUGAACGAUAUGGCAGCGAAUCCUGGUUACUACACAGAAGUAGUGGAGAAGUCUUUUGGAACGUGCACCUUGGCAACUGAUGAGAUUGAGCGGGAUUUGCGUAGAUCAUUGCCAGAGCAUCCCGCUUUCCAGAGUGACACCGGGAUUUCGGCACUGAGGAGAGUACUGACUGCGUAUGCGUACAGGAAUCCCAAGAUUGGAUAUUGUCAGGUAAGGUGGUUUUGCACUGUCUGCUGUAAUAUGAUUGGCAGGAGUAUACACACAGUACCAGGUGCACAAGCAAUAUUUUCUAAACCUGUGUGCCUGUUCCUGUCUGUAUAAUACUGGGGAAGAAUUUGGCCCUUUGGAUUGUUGUUUCAGACUGGGCGUGUGCGUUCUCUUUGUUUCUAACAUGACUCGUGUUCCUGGCUAAGCACAAUGACAUUGUUCUGAAAUUAUUCUCCAGCAGACCAGUUUUUAGCACUGUAUACACUGUGAGCUUAUUUUGAAUGGUGAUUAUAAAGAAACAGAAUGUACAAGACAUAGAGCAAAGUUUCCACCUGUUCAAAGUAUUCUUCAUUGCUGGAGUAAAGCCAUGUUUUAAACAUACUCUGCAAACACCUUAAGUACUCAAUCUUAUUGCAGUGGGUUUGGUGUGAGGAGACUCUGGCUGCAGUGCUUUUUAAAGGAACACUAUUUAGUGUAGGAAUACAAAGCUGUAUUCCCUAGGACCCCACGCUCCCUCCCAAUUAAGAAUGCGUUAAAAAACCCUUGCUGCACUUAGUUUACAGUGCAGAGGUUCAUUGGCGCUCGAUUGAGCUCCUCCUACUGUGAAGUCACGGCAAUCUGUGAACUUACUGCGCAUGCGCGGUGAGUGCCAUGCAAGCAUUAGGCCUUCCCUAUAGGAAAGCAUGGAGGAAGUCCAGCCUUGUUAGACUCCGUGAAACUGCAGGAAACGACCUUUAGUUUCUCUAAAACGGACAUGUUUUACAUUGCUGGGUUAAGGGGAGAGGGUCACUGCACUCAGUCAUUGAAGUGCCCUGUCUUUGCCCCUAAAAUGACAAAGAGAAAAUUUAACUUUUUCAUUAUUCAGACUUUUGUUGUGCAGAUUAGCAAGAUUCAAUCAUGCUGGAUUACUGCUAAUCCCUUCAACAACGCUGAAUCAGUUCUCUUGUGAGAUUUUUUUAGAUAUUUAUAUUUGCAUCAAAUUCAGAGGUUUCAUUACAUAAACAACAAAGUAAGUGCCUGUUGUAUAAUUCUUCUCUCACCACCAAUACUUCCAAUUGGUAUCCUCCACUUUGCGUUGUGUAUUAAUAGUGAAUGUAAUAUCCCUGUUACACUUCUUCCAAGAACUAACAUAUAACUUUUUCCCCUUGUCCAGAUAAAUAUAUGACUAUCACUACUAAGGUAUUCUACCCGAUAUUACAAAUAAACAUCCAACACCAUAGUUCUUACCAGAGAGAAAACUUUACUUAGAAUCUGCCCAGUUAAAUAUUACAGAAAAAGAAUGUUACUGAGUUAAAGUAUUACAGAGUUACAAUACAUUCAUAACACUCACACAUUCCAUCUAUCUAAUUAGAUCUUCUACAUUGUGUAUGUGCUGUGUGCAGCGUGUGUGUCUUACCAACCUAGUCUAAUGUGAUGUCAGUAUCUUCUAUUUUUAAAGGAAUUUGUUCCCAUGUUGUAAAUAGCCAAUUCCUCAGCUCAAUUGAUAUGUAAAUGUGAUUUACCUUCCCAAGGCCCUAAGUGUUGUCUAUCCUGUUAUUUUCCCAAGGAUGUAGCUGUGCCUUUCAGGUGCUGUAUCUUUCUAACUAUCUAAACAGAAACUCUCAUUGAAGAUAAUUCCUGACCUCCCAUACACCCAGACUUAAUCAAGCACAUAUUAAUCAGUUAUAAAUAAUCAUAAUAUUUCCCCCAACAGUACCGGGGCCUGAUUGAUGAGUAUUUUGUAAAAAAAAACCUCCAAUGACAACAAGGUUCUUAAAUGUAAAAAAAAAAGUUAGUGUUUGCUUUUUUUUUUUUUUUUUUUUGUGUGCAUGAGAGUGACAGACAUUCUUGCAGUGCCCCAACAGCAAUGGCAAGAUAAUGAGCUGAACAAUGCAUAACAGUUAUAAGGCAUUUGAUUGUACUACACAUUUUUUUUUUUUUUAUGGUGAUAGGGAGUACAGGCUAGGCAGAGCAUGUCUAGAGGAGAUUCUAUGCAAAUUCAUAGACAUGUAGGUAUAUAAAGUUUGUAAAGUAGAUUGUGAGACAUGCUAACUGGGUUAAAGCAGUGAGACAGCAAGGUUAUACCAGGCUAAUGAUGGGUUCUGGCGUGGGAUCUAGGUUGUCAGAUUGUAUUGGACCACUGGCCUCCGGGUUGCCUCAAAAUUGGAGCAGUAAAUAGUUAGCAUCCCCCUUGUGUUAUUGGCAGGAGAGGGAAAGUAUAAGGGAAAGAGGGAGAGAGAAAAAACAAAAAAAAUGAAGCAGUAAUGAUAUGAUUACAUAAUGGCAGCCAGUGUGGUAUUGUUAGUGAGUGAGCACCAGUCCAAGAUGAGACGACUCUGUGGUCACCACUCUGGGAGCUAAGCUUGUGCUGUGUCUGGUUCAUCUGAUCCCCGCUUGUGGCAUAUGUGGGGCCUGUGCUUGAGCGUUCCGGUGAUCGGUGUUGGCAUAGCGAUGCAGGGCUUCGUUUCCACCCCAGGCUUGGACGAGUGCCUGUUUCAUUUUUAUGCUGACUCUGGUGUUCGCUGGAGCCAGGCUCUUCCUUCUCUCUGGGUAAGUAGUGGGUUUAGAUUUUAUGCGCCUGUGCCGGCGGGUGAUCCUCCGCUUUGGCGCCUGAUGCUUGGGGGUUGUGCUCUGAGGGGUUCUCUGCCCGGGCGGGCAAGCAGAUGAGUGAGUGGGCGCAGGCUUGUGUGCUUUGCCCGGGGGAAGCCUGUUUCCUCUCGGCUGCUCUGUGCUCUUAGGAGGGAUUUCCCUCUCGGCCAUGACAGUCUGCUCCCGCUCCAGGAUCCUCCACCAGAAUCUCUGAAAAAUGUCAUCCAGGCUCUGCAGUGUAGUUUCCAGGCUGUGUUGAUUCUCUAUGGAGGGGUGUAAGUGCUGCGUGGUCGGCAAUCAGGUAGCCGCCAUUUUGUGGCUUGGUGUAUCAGACAUUCUUACGGGAGCCAGUCUGUGGCAGGAGACUGGAGCCGUGCUUGUUGCCCCAGUGUGUUCGGUAUGGACUGGGAUAUCCCCCACUGAUCCGGGGGGGGGGGGGUUGAAUCGCCGCCGAGCCAGAUGGGGGUUUUCAAGGUGAGGAGAUCGGCCGCCUCUCCCCAGCCUUCUCCCAGUAGGCCACAGCAGCGUGGCUCAGGUCUCCAAGGGGUUACAGGCUAGAUUCAGGUAUCUGUGCGUAUCACACAAGCUCGGCUUCCCGGUGAUGCCCCCCCAGUGUCAGGGUACGUACGAUUAAUCGGGGUUAUCACCCCAAAGAGUGCGGAAAGCCCGGGAGCUCGAGCCCCACACGUCUAUCCUGCAAGGAUGCCAGGCUCCGCCUCCCGUGUUUGCUUUUCUGACCUCCCAGAAUAUCAAUCCAAGUAGAAGACAAUUUGGUAGUGCACAAGAAUAUAUUGAUGCUAUAUAUAAUAUAAUAUAGCUACUGCUACAGGAAUCCUUUGUAGAGAAUAUAUUUAUUGAAUAAAAUAAAAUCUUUUCCAUCUCUAAAUUCUAUACCUCUGGGGAAAGUAACAUGUUCGCUAUCUUUUCUUUCUCCUUCUCUGUGUGAGCUCUUUUGUUCUGCUACAGCAGAGGAAUGCCCCUUUGCACCCACGCACAUGCUAGGCUGAUGUCCCUAGUGACUGCAGUGAUUUCAUAACCCCACUCAAAGCAGCCGGUCCUGGAGAGAACUAAAUAUCUACUGUAACAUCCAAAUCGGGCUCCUUCCAGAGGUGUGAGGUUUAGAUGUCAUUUCAGUAAUGCCCCAGUGUCGAAAUUUGAAAUGAUUAAUAAUAUUUGCAUGUGUUUUAUACAUCACAGACCGGAAAAUAAAUUGUUUACCUGUAUCCCAGUGGAGGUGCUGUGCGAUGAAGCAUUAGUAAUUGUUGUUAGUAUGUUAAGGUCCCAGGCGUGGAGUGUCAGGUGAGCACAUCUUGCCAUUAUUUGCAUUACUCUAGGGAGCUAGGCUGAUACAUGGAUUGAUUGCAGAGUUACCAUGCUGUCUAUUUUCUUAUAAUGCACUGCGUCUGUGUUCAUUAACUGCUGUGAUAAUUAGACUUCUUAGCCUUCAAUCUCCAUAUAGGAGUAGAAAAGAUUAAAUUGUUCUUUUAAACUAUUUCUUUUCCCCUUUAUCGUUAUUUUAUUAUUACUGUUUUUUUGAAAAAAGUAAACAGAGAGCGUGUCUGCUAUUAACCCUUUUUAUGUUAUAAAUUAGUAGAAGCAAGACAGCAGUAUUGUUGGUUUAUUUUCUUUCUGUUUUAUCGAUCAUUCAGUUUACGGACAGGUCAUUUUGUGGCAUUUUUUAGAAUUCUUAUUAUCAACCACAGUUUGCCUGUAGGGGAACAAGGGGCAAGAUGCCAAGACAGCCAGCAAACGCUAAUGGAGGAAAACUGUUUUACACAAAAAGAAACUUUAGGACUGGUCUGCGAAGUAUUGUGGGCUUAAUGAUAGGAUAAUAAUGUGAUCUAAUCUGAAUAUAAUGCUACUGCUGAUCACACAGGACUAAGUGUUCUAACACUGCUUUAGAGGGAUACAGUCUGCCAGUGCUGUUUAUAUGGUAAACACCAUCAGUGAAAGCAGUAAAAUCAUGUGUGGAAAUCUGGGUUAUCAUCACUAUCCACAAUGCAGUGGUGGGAUGUUCUCUUCUACAAAACAAACCAGACUGCCUGGAAUCUCAUAGACAAGUAUUGUUUUAGUUCUCCUGAGCAGAACCCUGCAGUGGUAAUCGCGGUCUGCCUUUGAGCUGAGCCCUGCACUGCUGGGCUUAGUUCGGAUGUAGUUCUUAUGUUUUUCCUGUAGCUGUGCCCUGCAGAUUCCAGCUAAGAAAUCAAACAUUCCAAAAUGGUUUCACUACUUGGGAACGUCUGAGUACUCUUUGCUCCAUAACCACUACAGUGUGAUGUAGUAGUUAUGGUGCUUAAAAUGUUCCUUUGUUAGCUAUGUAUUACAUAUGCAUCGUGUGUUGUAUGAUGCAUAUGCGCUUUAUCAUUGUAUGAAAAUAUUGCCCUUGGCAUUCUAGAAUGUUUUUAGAAUGAUAUGUCUGUACUAUAUUAAUAAUCAGUUCAUCCACCUUACUGAUAAAUAAUUGUAUAAUUGUCAAUCUAUUAACUAGAUUUAUCUCCACAACCUGGAUGGUUCUAUUGGUUACUAUUCGUUUGGAAUGAUAAGACAGGCAUGCAUAGGUCAUCACAUACAAUUUCUGUUUUCAAUCCUUUGAUGAUUCUGUAAAUGUGGAGUUAAUAAAAGCAUAAUAAAAGUGGUGCAUAGAUUUUUACUAGUGCACAUAAUAUGUUAGAAUAUUUAUCUUCUGGUCUCUCUUUCCAGGCAAUGAACAUACUGACUUCCGUUUUGCUUCUUUAUGCCAAAGAAGAGGAAGCAUUUUGGCUCCUGGUUGCUGUCUGUGAAAGAAUGCUUCCUGAUUACUUCAACCGAAGAAUCAUAGGUACAUUCUUAAAGUAAUCAGUGUGACUAAGAAUAUGUUCCUCAGCAGUAAUCCGAAUCCUAAAUAAUCCUAGGCUUAGACUGUUCAAAGAAGUUUUUAGACAACAUGCCUACAAGUGACUAUUUAGUGCAAAACAGUACUAACCUGGGGAUAGGGGACGGCAGUCCACGACGUGUGAAAGGCGUUGGGACGGGAGGGGGCAUGGAAACUCCCUCUGUAGCCAGAGCAGGCACCUGCUUACCGGCUGCUGUUACCAUGUGGCAAGUGCCUGCUCUGCAGAUUCAGACCUCGCAGGCAGUGAGGCAUCAUCAAUCCAGCCCCAAAGACAGGGCAUUUAGUGCACAGAUGAUCCUAGAAACAAAUCACUGGACACCUGGGAUGAUGGGCCAAAUUAAUUAACGUAUUUGAGUAUGUGUAUAUGAAUGUGAGUAUGUCUGUAUUAAUGUGUGUGUGUAUGAUAUGUGAAGUGUGUGUUUUAUGUAUUAUUCCUAACACAUGGGUGAUAGGGGCAGUGCAAAGAGACAAAACAGAAUAAAAAUCUACAGUUCGAGUGUUUGGUAGCGGUGCCAUUAUACAUUUCCAGAUACCCUAGGUACUCCUCUAGUGCAAAGCAUUAAACUUGAAUUCAUGAUAUAGCAGUGUAUAAGCCAGCCAGCAGUUGUAAAACAUCUUGAAAAGUGUGUGGAAUGUGACAAACAUAAAAUCACAUGCAGUAGUUACACAUAAUGCACACAAUUUGUAACGUUCAAUAACCUCUAAGCAACAAGUUAUUCUAGGUUGUCUUAAACAAAAUGUUGCAUUCUAGGCAAACUUAGUAACCGGCCCUGCCUUUUUUUUCUCCUCCUUAUACUAUUGUAUCUAAAUUACACUCCCCACCUUGCCGCUUGCCAUUAUUUAUAUUUAUUUUAUUUUCUUCCUUGUGUUCAUUUUCUGGGUGCCGCCAUUUUUUUCUUCUCUGUCUUCUUGAUCUCUGCUGUUGGCCCUUCUGUGGGAUUGAUUUUACAAAGGGGUUGUGGGUAAAUUUGUGUGGCCACUGAAACAGACCUUUGCUUAAACUCUGCCCAUUGUCAAGUUUUGUCAACUUGACCGCUAUACUUUCCUUUAUCUGUUUUAUAAAACUACAACACUCGGGAAACAAUAAAAUGAGAUUCAGAGACAGGGAGUUGUGUAGAAACAGAUUAAAUAAUGUUAUUUUUUUAGAGGACAGAGAUACUUUAAUAACAUACUUAAAAUUAUAUGUUAUUCUAAUUUGUUGAACGUGAAAAACAACACUACGCUAUGCCAAACAUGAAUGUGUUGGAUUGAACCAAAAAGCAUAUUAUUUAUUUUCUUAAAGGACCCCACCACACCCAUAACGUACUUCCAGCAUGCAUGUAUUCAUUGGCGUAUAUAUACUAAACAGUCAUUUUAUUAUUUAUUUUUUUAUUGUGGAGCGUUUUAAAUACACUAUCUUACAUGUCAGUAGUUAUGAAAUGCAAUGGACCUGAAGAUAUCUAUGCUUGAUUAUAGUAGUCAUAUAGAAACUCGUGGCAUGCAUAAUACAUUAUUCAACUCAUUGUAGCAUGCAACACAGAUCUUAAAUAAGAACAACCUCCACCAUGGUUCACUCAAACAAAUGGUCACCAUAAUGUGGCUAAAAAUGUAUCAUAUACUCUGGUACAUAUUAUACAUAUUGUGAUUUUACACAAUGUAUAAUUUGUAUAUCCUUGCCCUCCACAAAAAUCCUGACUCUUCAAAUAUUUCUUUGUAUUUCAAUGUAUAUGGCAUGUUAAAAAUUCACUUGCAUAUCCUCCAAAAACAUAGGCAACAAGGCUGAUCCUAACUAGAAAGAUUAUACCUUAGUGUAGUUAUCAACACAUUCAUAACUCAUUGUUAAAUGGACUAUACAUAACGUGUAAAGAUAAUAUUUUCAUUUAUCAUUUUUGGUUUAAGUCCUUCCUGAUGAAAAUCAAGCUAUGAAAGUAUUGCUGCACAGAAAGAAUAGUCUUCAUAUGCUCACCAUAUGGAAUAGUAACAAGUUAAAAGGGUCUUAUAUAUUGUGUGAUGUUUAGUUUCUUGAUCUGCACAGCAACUCAGGUCCACCCACCUCUUUAAAACCAAUGCUUUGCACCAACCCGCAAGCAGUAGCCCUACUAUUGUAUAUUGUUCCUUAUUCUUUUGUGGGUAUUCUGGGUCGAAGCACAAAUAAGAUUCUCUUGGGUAGAAUAUUUCUCCUGGGUCUUCUGCAUUCAAUAAAAGAACAUCUCGGAGGAACAUAAAACUCAAAGCUUCUACUUCAAACAGGAGUAACUUUACUCUAGUUCUUUCCACUACAUAAAUAGGCUUGUUGAGAAAUGUAGCAUCUUGAUGAUACUUUGUUCUUAGUUCAAACAUAUGUAGAGGGUGAAAAGUUUAGGUCCUGUAGAUUUAAAAAGAACUGAGAGGAGAGAAUGUUAGAUAAGGAUACGUGCUUGUAAUAAAAGAAAAAUGUGGAAGUUUAAGUAAUUGUAUUGAUUUACUGUGGAGACACAUUGUAUAGUUUUACGGAGUGUGGAAAGACGCUUUGAGGGGUACAAGAUGAAAAUAAGAAUUAAGAUGUCAAAGAGUGAAAACAGCUGAUUUGUACAAAUAGAAGUAACGUAAAGAUAUUUGUGUUCAUUGUAUUCUAGGUGCCCUGGUAGAUCAGGCAGUAUUUGAAGAACUCAUCAAAGUUUAUUUGCCCCAGCUGACUGAUCAUAUGACGGACAUGACUUUCUUCUCCUCGGUCUCCCUUUCUUGGUUUCUGACACUCUUUAUUAGUGUCCUGCCUAUUGAAAGUGCUGUCAAUGUUGUUGACUGCUUCUUCUAUGAUGGGAUUAAAGCAAUCCUUCAGUUAGGACUGGCUGUUUUGGAAUUCAACAUCGAGAAACUUCUGGUUUGUAAAGACGACGCAGAGGCCGUCACUAUUCUCAACAGGUAAAAUUAAGAAAUGAAAAAUAAUAUCAUCUUGUAAAAACACAUGUAUCAAAUGUAUGACAGAGAUCCAAAGAAGAGCACAAUACAUGUCAUAUAAUAUUACAAACAAAAAACCUGAAUGAUUGUCUCAACCUUUAAUCUAGAAAGUAUGUCUGUAAGCAUCAACAUGAACCUACCGUAUUAGCUGAGUCUGGUAGAUACAAAACCCUUUGCUGAUAAGGAACAUGACACAAUGUUGUCAUAAGAGAUACAUAUUCAAAUCCCUUGAUAAUUCCAUUUAAAGCUGUAAAUUACAUAUAUUAAAUAUAAAUAUUUAACUUGAUAGCAAACUUAUCUUUUUGCUUGUGUCAAAGUAGAGUUAGGUUUAUAGUAAGUCAUCUUGCUUCCUGUAGGUUCUUUGAAAACGUCAUUAACAAGGACAGCCCAUUGCCAUCAGCAGUACAGCAAGCAUCAGCUCACACCAACAGAAAACUGAACAGCACUAAAGUGGAAAUUACAGACUUAAUCAAGGAGUCAAAUGAGGUGCGUACAUUGCGUUCCCUCGAGUUGUCCUAUGUUCUUGGUAUAUUGUUUACAUUCUUUUAUAGCUGUUCUGUUAUGUUUCUUGGUAACUCGUGACAGUAUGUCUAAUAAUGACAACACUGGCAGCUAGACUCUUUGAAGAUUUCCAAGAUGUACACAUGGAGCUGCUGGCACGUGUUUUUAACCCCUUAAAGACAUAUGACGGACAUAUUCGGUCAUGAUUCCCUUUUAUUCCAGAAGUGGUGUCCUUAUGGGGUUCAUUUUGGAAACAUGGGGAUUCAUGUACUUUUGGCACAUCCUAGCCAGGCCCUCUUGCUUGAUCAUUUACUAAAAUGGUUUAAUUAAUCGGAUUUUACAGCACAGUGUAUUUACUUUAAAAGUUUUUAUCUCUAUACAUUUUUCAUUAAUCUCACAUAGGAGGCUCUUGUAGGCUAUUAACAGAGCAGGAGAUAAGAAAUUCUUAAAUAAACGCACUGUGCAAUAAAGGAAGUUUAAAAAUUAGUACUCUCUUUACAGGAAGUGUGUAUGAAGGCUGUGUAAGCCACAGACAGGUGAGGUGUGGCUAGGGCUGCAUUAACAUUAACUUCUAAAUGGCAGAGAAUUGAGCAUGAUCUAUACACCAAAAGCACUUCAUUAAGCUUGAGUAGUUUUAGUACUCAGUGUCCCUUUAAGAAUGAAAUUUGCAGUCGCUCACUUUAUUGGCUUUUUUUUUGCUUGCAAAUUAAAUUUCAUAUAUUUUUAAAGACACGUCAACAUGUUGAUUAAUAAGCUGACUCUCUGACUUGAAUUUGUUCUACAGAAGUUUGGGGCCAUUCGAUAUGAGGAUGUUGAAAGUAUGCGCAGAAGAAACAGGCUAUAUGUUAUCCAGACUUUAGAAACAGCGACUAAACAAAAUGUGGUGAGUAUUUCAUAGAGGAAAUGAGUCUUUCCAGAAAAAGUAGUUGCUUGAUUAUUUUUUUUUUAUUGAUAUUUUUAAAUUUUGCCAUCAUUGCUCAAGCUCUGUUCUGUCAAUCAAUAUUAACUGUGAUUCACACAAAAGUAAAUCCAUCCAUAAUAAGACAUACUGAUUUACUCUUUUAAGGACAGUUAACACUGACAUGAAAGUUUAACAGAUCAGUAAAAUGCCCACUAGUUUAGCAGUAAAACAAAGAGCAGGAGUAGUCCUACAGAGAUCCCCACUCUUACAGAGCUAUGUAUUUCUUUUUUUGGCAAUAUUUUUCUUUAUUGGAAAAAAAAAAAUUACAUUAAAAGUUCACACUGAGGAAUUAAAUUUACAAAGCCAUGAUUAUAAACUUAGAAAAAUAUGGUAAGAGUAACCAGAAAGAAGAGCGUAAUCACAGUUAGUAAUAAUGAGUAUUGGAGGCAUGAAAAGGUAUACUUCCCGAAUAUUUAUUCAGAAUACCAUUGUUAAUUUGAAAACAAUUAAGGAGAGCCCAGGUGAGUCAGAAAUCAAGGAAAACCUGGAGUAGGCAAAGUAUUAAAAGGGUAAGAUGAUAUUUCUCAAAUCGUAGAUAGGGUGAGGGCAAAGGGAAGGACCAGCCAUGUCCACUCAUCCAGUUUGAGCUUCAAACUUUAUCUCCACACAUGAAAACAUAGUACAUAACUAAUCGUCAUCACUCCCCUGGAUCACAAACAGAAGCCAAUAAUACCACAGUUCUGCACAGUUAACAGAUCUAUUAUUAGAGAAGCAGUGUUUGUUUGCUACACCUAUCAUGAUGCAUCAGUUGUUAUAUACUCAACAGAUAUUUACCUUGUUAUCUUCUUUUUAUUUUAUCAGCUUCGGGUUGUGUUGCAGGAUGUAAAAUUCAACGCUGCUGAUCUGGAAGAGCUUUUUUAUUUAUUUAAGGUAUUUCGGUAAAAGAUGUAGAUGCCUAUAGCCAGUGUGAUCUAUCUUAUUUCCUCUUUAAUGUCCUUCAUAGUUCACCUUUAUUAGGAACAAUAAAUCUGUUGUAGGUAAUACAGAAUUACUCUAUAGUUGAUUAGAGGAAAGCCUGCAAUAUUAAAAUGCUUUGUCCCUCAGGCUGCAGCCCAGCCUAAUAUUGCCAUGAUGAAUUUACGCUACACCUCACGCGAUAUCAAGGGUAGCGGGCAGUGAUAGACUGAGAUAACAUGAAUUGGUAUGGCAUGAUUCAGAGCCUCAGCCCUCCUUGAACAUAUAGUAAUUGGAGACCAGGCUGCAUAUCUGCUACCUAGUGAGUAAACCAUUAGCAUAGAUGCGGGACCCACUGCUCCAGGCACCAUAACCACUUUAAUCUGUUGAAGUGGUUAUGGUGUCUACAGUGUCCCUUUAAUUUUCUUCUGGAAACAAAGUGGCAUUUCCCUAGAGAGUCUAGCAGCACCUCUCUUCUCCGUCUCUUUUUGCUACAUUCAAUAGCCUUAACUCUGACUCCAGUUUAAGUGUGUAAAUAAUAUUCUAUUAGUUUGCUAACUAUUAAUUUUGGUAAUGUUCACUGUUACUUUGUUGCCACACUACCCAGUAUUAUAUACAGGAAGGACUGAACGCCUUGCUUGAUUUGAUUUUAUCUUAUCUUCUAUUUUAUUAAAUGAUAUCCAAAGUUAAGUUUUAACUUUGGCACUAAUUCAAAACUCUCUUAGCUAGAGAUGCACCUGCCGGUAGGUUUUGUUUUUUUCUUUUUCUUUUCCCAAUCCGCAUUUCAAUAUCAGUUCAAUAUCACAUAUAGCUGUCAGAGUCUGUUGAAUGUCUUAAAAUAGAAAUGCUUUAACAUUUUUUUUCUUUAAAGGAACACUAUAGUCACCUAAAUUACUUUAGCUAAAUAAAGCAGUUUUAGUGUAUAGAUCAUUCCCCUGCAAUUUCACGGCUCAAUUCACUGUCAUUUAGGAGUUAAAUCACUUUGUUUCUGUUUAUGCAGCCCUAGCCACACCUCCCUUGGCUAUGAUUGACAGAGCCUGCAUGAAAAAAAAAACUGGUUUCACUUUCAAACAGAUGUAAUUUAACUUAAAUAAUUGUAUCCAAAUCUCUAUAUUGAACUUUAAUCACAUACAGGAGGCUCUUGCAGGGUCUAGCAAGCUAUUAACAUAGCAGGGGAUAAGAAAAUCUCAAUUAAACAGAACUUGCAAUAAAGAAAGCCUAAAUAGGGCUCUCUUUACAGGAAGUGUUUAUGGAAGGCUGUGCAAGUCACAUGCAGGGAGGUGUGACUAAGGUUCAUAAACAAAGGGAUUUAACUCCUAAAUGGCAGAGGAUUGAGCAGUAAGGCUGCAGGGGCAUGUUCUAUACACCAAAACUGCUUCAUUAAGCUAAAGUUGUUCAGGUAACUAUAGUGUCCCUUUAAGCCUAAGCACAGGUUAGUUUUUAGUAUAUGUAUGUUGUAUAAUUGAUUGCCAUUGCACAUUGAAAGCAAUAUGGAGGACACAUCUAGAAUUUUAAUUCUGGAUUCUCGUCCCCUAGUACUUUCUGGCAGUGGUUGUUUCUCUGUGGUUUAUCACAUCCUGCAAUGACUCCUGCUUGUAGAAUUCAUGACAUGUCUUAGCAACAACACUCCUUGGUCGAGUUGUUUCAUGUAGGACAUCUCACAGUGCAACUGUUUAUAUUGCUCAUCAUCUGGCAGAGUUGUGUGGGACCAAACUUUUCACUGAAUCUUCUUGUCAAACCUAGAGAAUUUAAAGAAUCAGACAGUGAUAGUUUUUGUUCUUCCUCUGUGUUUAAUGCCUUCAAUUUUGUUUAGUUAUUUCAAACCUAUUUUGGUAUUAAACGCUCAGGAAGACCACAUACAGUACUGACUUUUUUUUUUUUUUUAAAGUAAGAAGUUAUCUUAAUGUUUACAGUUAUAAAAAAUUAGAAAGGAAAAAGGGGCGGCGCUAAUUAAAAAACGUGCUAGUAAUAUAGCAUGCAGCAAAAAACACCUUAGUGUAUAGUCACUAAAUACACUUACAUAUACAAAUGAAAGAACAAGAACAGGUGAUUGCACAGAUAGGAUAUAGCUCCACAAAUUUGUAUGCUAGACACAUAAUAUUUUUCCAAGCUUCUCAAUUUAAUAUUAUGUGUCUAGCAUACUACCCUAUGUUGGUGUUCUAUUUUUACAGAACCUAGGGACGUCCUACAAAUUUGUGGAGCUCUAUCCUAUCUGUGCAAUCACCUGUUCUUGUUCUUUCAUUAAUGUUUACAGUGCCUUUAAACAUUAUGCACCCCUAUUGGAUGUUUCUACAUUGCACAGUGUUGUGACCUAGAAUUAAAAUAAAGUUAGUUAGAUUUUUACCAUUUGAUUUAUACAAUAUACCGGACAUUUGCAAGAUGCAAUUGUUAAAGAUGUCACAUAAAGUGAAUGAAGAAAACAAAACCCUAAGUAAGCUCUGAUGAAUCCAGUUGUCGUCAGAAGUUACAUAAUAAAUUUAAUGAGUUCUACAUUGUACCUUUUGUAGGGUUGACGUAUCACCUGUUUCUGGAAGGCCACAGUUCUUAGAAACAUGGACAUUCUAUAUGAUAUCAUGGGUGACCGUAUCAAACCCUUUAGACAUGCUCAGGCUUAAAGUAAUAUAGUUUAGGAGAGUAAACCUUAAAUAAGCCAAAGUCAAAUGGAACCAGAGAUCCCUAUCGUCAAAUAAAAAGAAAGUAAACACAUUGUAACACGCUAUUGGAACAAUACAGGAACCACGACAGGGCAAAGAUGGACUGGAACAUAUAUAGAAGUUUUGCAUCAUUCCUGCACAUCCUGAAACGUGUACGUAUAUUGACAUAGGAAUGAUGCAGGACUCUCAGCGUCUAUAAAUUGACACAUGCCUGGGACCCUAUAAAAUGAGACGGGUAUGAAGUGUUCUGCAUCAGAAAUUGUUAGGUUUUGAUACAGCAUCAGUUGGACAUAAGGACAACGCAUAGAGUCCGUAAAAGGGACAUAUGGUAUGACUGUGGACCAGGAAUAACGCAUGUCUGCGACAUGUUGCAGAUCAAAACUGAACUUGCUCAUCAUCCACCACAAUCCCUGCUUUGAAGCAUGCUAAUGGUUGCAUAUUCUUGCCACGAUACUUUUAAUCGUGAGUGACUGGGAAACUUCUUAGGAUUGACGUGAAGAAGGGAGAAAGCAGCAUGUUUGCAACACAUCUGAAAUUGGACCUAAUUUUUUGAUAAGGACCCCAAAUACAUAUCCACCGCUUUACUUGAGUGAGAAGACAAUAUCCAGAUUGUUUUAGGAUGAUCAAGUCAAAACUCAGAACAAUCUUAUGGACACUGUGAAAAUGCUGGGAAAUUACUGUCCAGCCUGGCAGAAGAACUUCUAACAUUUUAGACUCUUCUUCUUGAUAAACAUUUGUUUAUGUACAAAAAACUCACAGCUAUGGUUAUAGUCAAAACGGUUCUUCCAAGUAUAUAUCAAGGGGCUAAUUGCUUACACUAGUAAAUGUCUGCUUUUGUUAUUUAUUUAUUUUACUUCUGAUUUAAAAAAUAAAUAAAUAAAUAAAUAAAUAAAUAAAUAUAUAUAUAUAUAUAUUUAUAUAUAUAUAUAUAUAUAUAUGUAUGUUGCAUUUUGAAAGUGUUUGGUAUGUUGUGUCAAUCAAAAAUUGAAAAAUUCCAUGUUGUUGCACUAAAAGGUUUCCUAUGCAGGACUGGAUAUUUUACACAGUGCAGAGAGUUGGUUCAGUGUAGAGUGUCUAUUUGUGUGUAUUACAUGUGCGUAUGUAGAAAGGGAGAUUUUGAGUGUUUUCUUUUAAUCUAAAUUACUAUGUUAUUACAGAGAGAACACUUUUUAUCUUGUUACUGGAGCUUGAAUAGCAGCACCCUUAGUCAUCACGACUCAAGUUUACCCUACUUAGAACAAUACCAUAUAGACUGCCAGCAAUUCCGCACUCUUUACCAUCUGCUAAGCCCCUGGGCAUAUUCUCCAAGUGUGGACUCUCUUGCUCUGUGGACUUUUCGUUUAAUGGAUGACAACUCUGAUGGUCUCAUCAAUUUUAAAGAAUUUGUUUUUGCAUUUGGUAAGGUAAUUUAUUGGUCAAAUUUGGCAUUCUUUGUUCUGAAUAUCCAGGGAAUACGUUUAUGGAUAAUGCAAGUGCACUCGUUAUGUCGUUCUCAGACUAGGCAUUCUUCUUGUUUUUCAGUGCUAAAGUUUGUUAAUGUGGGUCAUUAAUAUUGUGUGUUUUCAUUAUCUUGGGUGAGCAGAGAUGGAUCUAGCAAAUAUUGAUUCACAAAAAGUUUUCCUCUUUUAAGAAUAAUGAUCUCUAGCAAUUGUAUAGGUCUGUUGAAGCUUCCCUAGAAUUGGUCAGCGGUGUAAGAGGUAUGGUUGGUCUCUUAAAGACAGCAAAGAAUAUCUACCCUGGAGACUACACACCUAAAUAGAAUAUCACUUAGCAGACGAAUGCUUAUUUAAGAUGGUAACCAAACAACAAAAGAAAAUGGGCCCAUCUAAAAUAAAUAUAAGAGAACACAAAUAGUCCACUUACAAAACUUAACAGAAAGUUAUCAAAGAGAAUAGUAUACAAAGAGCAUACGUUACUCAGAGAGAGUUAUCCUGUAGAAGGUUCUAUCAAGAGUUUCAUUUCCAUAUAAAUGGAGAGUUGGAGUCCUGUAAUUAAUCCAGUGUCACAAAAGAAGUAGAGAUAGUAGGUUUACAAUCCAAAAGUAGGUUUUGGAAGCCAAAGCCGUUAAAAAAUAAAAAUAAAAAAACCAGUCAAGUUAAGAGACAGAUUCAUGAAUGAAGUCCUGCUAAAGAAUUAGUCGUCGAGGAAGUGUAAAGUCCAUCUAAGGGUAAAAAAGGGUUUUCAAUAAACACUUGUUCCUUUGAAAAUUUAGGGAUCAAAAGUCUUUGUUAGAUGUGCAUUUGUUAGUCCACCUUUAUGUGUCGGUUUAUAUUUACCUGAGUCAAUUGUAAUAUCAUAUCCAAAUAAAGUAAAGCACAGGUAGACUGCGAGACAUCAGAGGAAUGAACAACAUUCAAAAUAGUUAGCUUUGUGUAACUUUUGGUUUUAGUCUGCGUUUGAGUAUUUUUGUUCAUUUUUGUCAACUCAUUGGUUUGCAUAGAACAUUGGUGGGCUAAAACAUUGUCUAAUCACCCAUCUGUUUUAACACCAUAGAUGUUAUGUUCAAUGGAAGUUUCACAGACAGACUGAAAUUACUCUUUAAAAUGCAUAUACCUCCAGGUAAGUUUCCAUUUUUUUAUUAUUUUUCAAUGCAGUAGUAUAAUUGUAAAAAAAAAAAACUUGAUCUAUAUUUAAAAAAAAAAAAAGUAGAUUAAUAUAUGGUUGGUCACUCGCUAGACUUAAGUCAUUAACAGUGUUUUUGUUUCCUUUUCUGCGAAACUCUUUAAGGUAGUGUUUUAAACUUGAUGUCAAUAUGAGUAUGAUGUGAGAUUGUCUCUGUUGAAACAACUAUCUCUAGUUUUUCUUGAUUGUGACAGAGUUGAAAAAUGGCUAGGAAGCACAAAAAUGUGUUCUCAAUGGAAUAUAAAAUCUGGCUAAAUACAGUUUUCCCAUUUAGCAUGCAGAGUCUUAACCCACUGAGGAAACAAAACCUAAAAUUGGAGCUACAUCUCUGUUCAAUCAUAAUUUACCUCUUUCAUAUUAAGUGAACCCACACUUAUUAAAUAUCAUUUUGUUCCAGGUUUCAUUUUACAGCAAAUAUUUAUAUAAUUUAAAAUGAGUAAUUGUUUGCACAACUUGCCAUGAUGUCUAAAGACUGCAUUUCACAGCAUGUGGUAUUUGUGGAACGAUAGAUCCACUUUAAUGUUCUUCAUAUUCGCAUUAACCCUUUUAAUUUGUAUAACUGUACGCACAUCUAGUUAACAAAUACCUGUUUAGGAAUACAAAGGGUUAAAUUCUAAUCAGUCUGUUGUCAAGCAGCCCUCGCAUGUAUGUCAUUUGAUGAGUACAGCUAAAGCUGAAUAUUACUCUAAGCCAGGCUUCCCCUAACGCCGGCCCUCCAGAUGUUGCUGGACUACAACUCCCAUGAUUCUCAGCCUAUCUAUUUCAUUCAUAGAAUCAUGGGAGUUUUAGUUCAGCAACAUCUGGAGGGCCGGAGUUUGGGGAAGCCUGAUCUAGGCUGUGGUCUGCUGAUGGAGUUACGUAGGCUGCUGUUAGAAGUGGUCACGGUGGUAGGAAUCUGUAUGUGCAGCACUUUUGCUUAAAACACUAAACAUAGAAAUAGCUUUUGUGCGGGAGCUUUCUUUUGAACUUAUUAGUCUUUUUUUGCACUGCCAUCAGCAGAUUCCAAAUAAGGCUUCCACUGGAGUUUUUAUGAGUAGAACCAGAUGAAGGUGCAGACAUGGCUGCUUUAGAAAUCUUUGAUGAUUCCUAACAGCAAAUGUACAAAAUCAUCCUGACCACUAGAGGCCCUCCCAAUACAUGGAAUCGUUUACUGACUGUAACAUGCUAAUGUGUUUCUUAUAAAUGCAUUUUUGUUUUAGCUUUUACUGAUCUGUAAGUACAUCGGAAGAUGCUCAGUCUUUUUUUUCUAAUAUAUGUUUUUUGAUUAAGCUUUUACUGAAGUGGGAACAGUAAGUCCAUCAGAAGAAGCUAAACUUUCCAAGGAAGAUUUAAUGCAUUUCAGCAAUCUCAAUGGUACGUAUACUGCUAUUUUUAACAAACACCUAAUUCAAGGUUUUGAAAAUGAAAGAUAUUGUGUAAUGAAAUAUUUCAAGUAACAGUUGACAUAUUAAUAAGACUCUGCAAAGACUCACACGUGCAGCUUUAACUGCAAUCUCCUUAUUUCUGUCUCAUUGGUUCUAUUUUCCAUUAAACUGCUGUGCCUUUCACCGUGUUGAACUAUGUCUGUCAUGCACAAAAAACUUAAUUUAACAGAAAACCAAACAUAUUGUGAAAAAAUGGUCAAAGUGGGAUGUAGUUGAUUUUUAAUGUGUUCAUUUUUUUCUUUUUUGCUGAAUGUUUUCUGUGCACAUGCUGAUCAUUCUCUUUCGCCUCUCACAAAGAUCGGAUUAUCUGCCUUUCUCCUUAUUUCUGCAUGCUGCUAAUUAAUGACAGAGUAUCUUUGUGCACUGAUAGGGUGAUUGUGUGAAAUGAUAGUUUUAGAAAUUCACUAGACAUUUGCAAAUCUGAGCCCAAAAUAGCUAGAAGUGAAACAUUUACUAACCGUGUUAUCUUUCCAGAAAGGCUAUUUUUUUUUCUUUCUAAAAUUUGCAAUUCCCUUGUGGAUUCCCAUCAGUUUCCACUUUAGUGAAUGCUCUGUAAGUCAAUGUUCUGUAAUUAACACUAGAACUGUUAAUUGUUUCUGUAAUAAUUGCUGACGUGUUAUUGACAGAGAGGCACUGCUCUGUCAGUGUAAUAAUGUGUUGACAUCCCUAUGCAAGAUGGGAACUUGCACAAAAAUGUUGACAUAAGUUUUAAUUGCUGGACUGAUUAACGCCUGCAACAGGGCCAUAUAGAGCUGACUAAGUGUCUGGUUAAUUAUGCAACUUGGCAUCAAGUGAAAGUACAAAGUUUUGGGUUCUAAUUUAGUUUUGAUGUAUCCUAACUUUACUCCUACUUUUCCCCUUUGUUGUAUGAAUUGUUCAAUCUUGAUUGAAAUGAAUAAAAAUGACAUUAAAGAUGAAAAAAAUCAAUGUCAAAUUGCAGGGUUUAUGGCCGAUUACUAAUGCACUGAAUAUGUUGCAAGUGGCGGAUUUCUGUCAGUGAAACAUAUAUUAUUUUAAGUUGAUUUCACUUCUUCUAAAGCAACAGGUAUUUUGUAUUAUAUAAUUUAUUAAGUUAUUGCAUAAAAUAAGUAUUUACAUUUGUACAGUUUUCGGGCGCAUUUUGCUCAAUAUUUUUAUGGUGCAAAGACCCUGUCCAUGCAGUCUGACCUGUCAAGGCUCGUUAUUUUCCUAGAUAAUGCGCUUUGAUAAGAGUUUGUAGAUCUGACUGUCAGACAGUUGUAAUUUUUUUCAUCCUAGUUCUUGGUUAGGAAGAUCAAUUUUGUCCAACAGCUUGUGUAUACACGAGGGCAGGGUUUUCUCUCUCUCUCUCUCCUUCCCAGAGAGAGCCCAAACUGGUGGCUGGGGUAAUUGAUGCACACAACACAUUUCACAAAACUGUGGAACAGGUGAGUAUGGGUGCUAUCAGCUUACAGCAGUUCUACUCAUCCUUUGUAAUGAGUGGAACUUCUACUGGGGAUAAAUCAGUUAUCUUGUAAACCAGGAUCCGAAUAAGAUGCUCCUUUUUUGAGUGUUGCUUCCUUUUGAGGGAGGAUCUGUUUGUAGAAUAAUUUUGACUAUAUUGUUUCCCUUUAACAUCAAAUAGAGAAUGGCUAGAAUCAUUCAUGUAAUUGUAUUUCUGCUAAACUUCAUUGUGAUUCUGUUAUGCUAUUUUUAAAUAUAUAUAUUUUUUUCCCUUCAACAGUAACCUCCCCUACAGAAAAUCCAAAUGCUGAAGACAAAACCAAGAGUCCUGAGAAAGGUUUGUUUUGGAAAUCAUUUGAAUAACUUUUGAGAGCAUGAUGCAGUAAAUGUAAUGCUAUGUUCAAGCAAUAUAACUUAAGCCAUUGGCAUAUCAAAGUCAAAAUUAGUGGGGAAGGCACAAUUAUUAAAGCAGUGGUAUUACUCGAAUAGUAUAAAGGUGACUGGCUCAGAUUCCCACUGCAUCAACACAGUCCUAACUAUAGCAUUAGGACUACAAACAUAUAUCCUGAAUUCUAUAGUGUCCUGCUACUUAUUGUGGUCUCCCCUGUCCCCCGCUGUAUGAGGGUUUGAAGGAUGAGUUUUACUUACCUUUCAACCCUCAUCGUGGCAAUCACUAUUCUCCACGCCUUUGGCUGUGAUCAUUAGUGUAGGUGAUCCAAUGUUUCCUCUUUGAGAAACAUUUCGAGGCUAGUGCACAUUUGUUGCAAAACGCGUUGCCAAUCAGCUGGUCGCUAUGAGACCAUCUGGAUAAAAUAGUCAAGUUUAACUCGGCUACUGAGGUAGAAGCAGCUGUAAAGGCUAUUAGUGUGACGGCCAUUACAAUUAAAACAUUGUCGUUUCUGUAGAAUGGUAAUGCUUUCAGUUGCAGGAAUAAAAACUACAAGAACAUGGCACCCAGAACACUUUGUUGAGAUGCAGUGGUAUUGGUUCCUCUAGUGUCCUUUUAAAUGUAGAGAGUUGCAGCUGACAGGACCAACUCACUUACUCUAUAUUUUCUUAAGUCCCCCGAACUGAAUUUGAAAUGGGACACCUCACUCCUGCAGGAUAUGUUGUUCCUACAUAAAUGCUAGUAAUAUUAUUUUGCGUUUCCUUAUAGAGUCUUGACAAAGCAUAUUUGUUAAUGUGAAAAGCGUAGACUUACUGCAUGUAUACUGGGGAGUAUUGAGACACAAUUGCUGAGUGUUCUUAGAUUUUGAAUACAAUUUUUUCAUUACGGCUGUCACUGUCUACAUUUAAACAUACCUGCGGAAAGUCUCUUUUUCCCCUUUCUGUAUAAAAUAACUAAAGUAGUGACGGACAAGUAGGAUCUGACUUCCUGAAAUUUACUUCUCUCCUACUUUUCUUGCAUUUUGCAGGCAGAGUGAAGAUUGAUAUUCAGGCUUAUCUCAAGCAAUGGCAAGAUGAACUAGUGCGUAAAGAAGAAAGUAUCAAGAAUUUACCGAGAAUGAAUCAAGUUAGUACAGAAAGGGGAAGCUUUUCCUAUACUUGGGAGUCUAUACUUGUUUGUUGUUUUGGAUUUAACUUUCUCUAAAUAUUGUCUGCAACAAAUCUGGGAUCCUAUGGUGUGACUGACACAGGUAUAUGCUAGGGUGUGAAUGACACAGGUAUAUCCUUGGGUGUGAUUGACACAUGUAUAUCCUAGGGUGUGACUGACACAGGUAUAUCCUAGGGUGUGAUUGACACAGGUAUAUGCUAGGGUGUGAUUGACACAGGUAUAUGCUAGGGUGUGAUUGACCCAGGUAUAUCCUAGGGUGUGAUUGACGCAGGUAUAUCCUCGGGUGUGAUUGACCCAGGUAUAUCCUAGGGUGUGAUUGACCCAGGUAUAUCCUAGGGUGUGAUUGACUCAGGUAUAUCCUAGGGUGUGAUUGACUCAGGUAUAUCCUAGGGUGUGAUUGACACAGGUAUAUCCUAGGGUGUGAUUGACACAGGUAUAUCCUAGGGUGUGAUUGACCCAGGUAUAUCCUAGGGUGUGAUUGACACAGGUAUAUAACAGGGUGUGACUGACACAGGUAUAUCCUAGGGUGUGAUUGACACAGGUAUAUCCUAGGGUGUGAUUGAUGCAGGUAUAUCCUACGGUGUGAUUGACGCAGGUAUAUCCUACGGUGUGAUUGACCCAGGUAUAUCCUAGGGUGUGAUUGACCCAGGUAUAUCCUAGGGUGUGAUUGACCCAGGUAUAUCCUAGGGUGUGAUUGACCCAGGUAUAUCCUAGGGUGUGAUUGACCCAGGUAUAUCCUAAGGUGUGAUUGACCCAGGUAUAUCCUAGGGUGUGAUUGACCCAGGUAUAUCCUAGGGUGUGAUUGACCCAGGUAUAUCCUAGGGUGUGAUUGACACAGGUAUAUCCUAGGGUGUGAUUGACACAGGUAUAUGCCAGGGUGUGAUUGACACAGGUAUAUGCCAGGGUGUGAUUGACACAGGUAUAUAUCAGGGUGUGAUUGACACAGGUAUAUAUCAGGGUGUGACUGACACAGGUAUAUAUCAGGGUGUGACUGACACAGGUAUAUCCUCGGGUGUGAUUGACACAGGUAUAUCCUAGGAUGUGAUUGACACAGGUAUAUAUUAGGGUGUGACUGACACAGGUAUAUCCUCGGGUGUGACUGACACAGGUAUAUCCUAGAGUGUGACUGACACAGGUAUAUCCUAGGGUGUGACUGACACAGGUAUAUCCUCGGGUGUGACUGACACAGGUAUAUCCUCGGGUGUGAUUGACACAGGUAUAUCCUAGAGUGUGACUGACACAGGUAUAUCCUAGGGUGUGACUGACACAGGUAUAUCCUAGGGUGUGACUGACACAGGUAUAUCCUCGGGUGUGACUGACACAGGUAUAUCCUCGGGUGUGAUUGACACAGGUAUAUCCUAGAGUGUGACUGACACAGGUAUAUCCUAUGGUGUGACUGACACAGGUAUAUCCUCGGGUGUGAUUGACACAGGUAUAUCCUUUCUUUACACUCUCUCUAAUCUCACCUAAUAUUAGUGACAUGGUCUGAAAAUUACCAUAAAAUGUCUCACAGAGUGUCUGGAAGUUAUUUUUUGUUAGAAUGUAGAGUGUGUUGCAUUUGGUUUUCUGUUCAAGAAAUUCAAUGGUAAAUCAGACCCUCUUCCCUCUAUCCGUCCUCUAAUAUUUGAUAAUCAUCUUUGUUGCCUUACCAUUAUUAUGUCUGUUUACACAUAUGGUAAAACAUGUCAAAGAAGGAAAAAGAUUAUAGAAAAUAUGUCCUGGAAAAUGAAAUCUUUGCUAACUGCUUUAUAUAUAAGAUGAAACUUGUUGGCUUCAAAUUGCAAUCUCAUUAAUGCAGGGCUUUUUGCUGCCUUCAGUCUGUGUAAGUCACUGCAUAAUAUAUUAUUACUUGCAGAUUUGUUUUAUGUAUAUUCAGUGCCUACUAGCCUAGGGACUGUUAUUUUUUGUGCACCUUUAAAAUACCGAUUAUGAUUAUUCACACCACCUAUUUAUCAGUGCUUACCAAAUCCUAUUUUAUCCACUCUCCUCAACAGAGCCAGUUUAUCCACUUUUCAAAGACCCUAUACAACUUAUUCCAUGGAGAUCCCGAAGAAGAGCUUCUGUAUCGGUCCAUUGCUGCUGUAACUAGCCUACUUCUUCGGAUGGAGGAAGUUGGAAGAAGACUGCAGAAUCCUGCUUCACCUACCAAGAUUCCAACAGAGGAGACAUGCUCUGCAUCUAUAGAUAAGACUCAGGGCAAAGACUCUGAUCCUCAGGCUGAAAAUAUAAUACCACAAUCUUCCAAAGAAAGCACUGAAUGGUCUUUCGCCUUUGAACAGAUCCUUGCAUCAUUACUGAACGAACCUCCCCUUGUGAGAUUUUUUGAGAAAUCAAUAGAUUUGAAAGCAAAGCUCGAACAUGCCAGGGCUUCACAAAUGAAUGCUAGCAAGAGAGUAUAAACACAAUUUCCUCCCGUGCAACCGCAAUUUUACAGACUAUUUGUUAAAUCUCAUGUUGUGUUUCACAAAUCAUAAUGAGAUUUAAAGCGAGCAAUCCACUCUUACCGCAGUUCUUUUUAAACAUUUGUUACACACUCAUUAUGCAUACCGUCAUAGGCUUUUAUUGUUCAAAGUUUAUUUCUUCCAGGGAGACUAAAUCACUUCUCAUCUCCAUCUUGUUCCAAGAGAAGUAGGCAGUAAUACGCAGUAGCAGGGUAAGGUGUUCUAAAAGAAUCCAGGUUUUAUGUCAAAAGACAGGAGGAGUUAAAACACUUACUUUAUUCCAUGGAGAAUUCGAAAUUAACUUUUCAUAAAAGAAAAAUGCAGUAUAAUCUCUCCAGCUUUCAGUUGCUUAAUUGUUCUUUCUCAACCUUUGUUUAUAAUGCAGUUUUUGGUAUGUCUGAAAUACGUUUCUAUGUAAUGCGUUGUUUGCAAACAAACCAUCUGUUUUCAAACCACCUGCAGCAGAGGGAUAUUAAAUUUGAAUUCCCUGUGAUUCUCAUUUUAGUGUCUAGCCCUGUAUAUUAAUCUAUCCACUCAUAAGGAUAUAUGUGUACCUCACACAAAGCUAAGGCCUUAGUUGGGAAUAUAAUAAGAAUGUUAUACAGACUUAAUCCAGGUAUAAAUGUUUUGUAUGCGCUGUGUCCUUUUUCUUCAUACGGUCUCUAACUUUUGGAUAUGGCCAUUUGACCUAAUAGAAUUGUGUCACUGUGAUAAAUAACACAAGGUAAAAAAAAUUCAUGCUAUAACUAGCAGCCCCAUCUUGGAUUUUGUAAAAAAGCCAUUAAGCAAAUAUGGUUUUUUUUUUUUUUUUUUAUUGUAAUCAACCCCAUAAAACAAAUAUAUAGAUUAGAAGAAAAAAAAAAUUUUUCACAAGCGGCACUGGGGGCCGUGGGGGGAGGUAAGGGUGAGAUUACUUACCUGAACUUGUCCCUCAUAGGCGCCACCUUGGUCACACUGCUCCUCUUCAGGUGCGAGAGUACAGCAUUGAGGCGUAUGGGGAUUCCCGCGGGAUCUUCCAUAGACUCAGCCAAUACGGGAUCCUUCAUAGACCCAGCCACAGCUGCAGGUCUUGACACAUAGGUUCUGCCUUGUGUCAGGCGGUGAAGAAAUACAGAGACAAGUAGAAGUUCCUACUUUGUCUGUGUAUAUCUAUCUCUUGACUGCAUUGCAAUUUCAGUGAAAUUCCAACAUAGUCAUAAUGAAUAUUUCAUAAAGAUACUAUCUUUACGAAAUACACAUUUUUAAUAUGGGGGUGGCAGUGCCACUAUAAUGCAGUCCUGAGCUCUAGGUUUUCAGGAAGUGGACUGUCUGUAAUCACUUUGUCCAUAAGUGUUAAUUGAUUUAAAUCAUCGUGCUGGAUUUGGAUUGGAUAUGUUAUUUGAAGCUUCUUAGGGAACUUCCAUAAAGCAAGUUAGAUAUUUAGAAAUGCUGAGGGUAGGAACUGUGUCUUAACCAAGUUGUAAUCUCACAUGGAGCCGUGCCAACCUAAAGGAAGAUAAUUGAGCAGUGACACUACAAGGACAUUAUCUAUACACCCUAACUGCUUCAAUAAACUAAAGCUGUUUUGAUGCCUAUAGUAUCCCUUUAAACCUUGAGCCUGCACUGAUGUCAUGAAAGUGGUGCUGACAUCACAGCGCCAUCAUGAAGUACGUUCAGUGAAAGAGCUCACAUUAGGUGAAGGAAUCAAUGUAGCAUCCACAUAGUAAGUAGCCCAGAGUCAUGCAACUAACUUCUAACUCUGCUUAUUUUAAAAAACUGUAAAAGUACUGGUUUUGUAGCAUGUUCUUAGCAUCAGUAACAGUUUCUUUCCUACAAUAUUCCCGGCAGGCCACUGCUUAAUGGGAUAUACAGUUAUUUUGCGUAUCUUGAUGUAAGCAUUGUUUGUGCCAAGUCAUUUUCCAAAGUAGCAGCAACACUGGCAAUAAAAUAAUUCCAUACUCUGGAUGUCACAGAAUAUUACCUUUACAAAUAAAAUAAUACCUUUCAGAGAGAGGACUAGACCUUCAUGUCUAUGGCGGGAGAUUAACACUUUUUAUGAACCCAAAUGAUGUCGUAAAUUUUUAGAGACUUAAAGCCAUUUCUAUUUUUUUAAUAUAUAAAACAAAUCUGAUCUCAAACUGGGAGUUCAUGGGAUGUGGACACACAUUGGGCAUUGCAGGAUAAUUAGUGCAGCUCUGUAUUUAUGGGUUUUUUUUGUUUUGUUUUUAAGCUAAUGUAGAUAACAUAGAAAUAGCCAAGGAAAUCGUCAGAAAAAAAAAAAUGGUAACACAUGUUCAGCUAUUUUAGAUGAUAUAGUAUUGCAGAACACGAUGUAAAAGUUACUAACACAGGGAAGUUAGGGGACAUUAUUAACUCUGUUGCAAUUGAUUUUAUCUUAAUUAUUUUUUUUACCCUGUCCCUGCGCAUAUACAUAAAUGAAAAGAAGAGUAGAGGUGCUUACUUUUGAUCUCUCUUUCCUACAAUUCUGUCAUGGAGGUAUGCAGGUUGUAUGUUGCAGCACUUGUAGUACCCUUGCAUGGCCCCUGAAUUUGGUGGAUGAUGCUUUUGGCUAACUGACAGAUCUAACAGUCUCUACAAUGCUUUUAAGUUUUGUGCUAUGCUCUUUUUUUUGCGCCGCUUUUGAUGUCCAUGCCAUGCAGCCACUGUUAAUAAACCACUGACUUCGAAGACCACUGAGGUUCCCCUCUUGCAGU